CAAGUUACUUAAGCCUUCGAAGGAUUUCAGCAAGGUUUAGCCUAGGAUUGCUUAGUUCUAAAGUAAAUAAGAGCACAUAUGGAGGAAAUUAGGCAAACAUCUAUCUUUUUUAUUACUGACUUUCUGGUGUGCCAUUACUUGGAACGGUUGUAGGAAAUUCUUCUACGACCUGUUAAACAGAGAUCUUGCUAUUCUGAGUGCAGAUAGGCAGUGACUGAGAGAGGGAGAGGAAUACAGCUCUCUUGCUUUUAACAACAGCAGAGCUGUUACGAUCUGCUGUUCUCAAGGCAAUGGAAGUGCUGGUGAGCUAGGCGCUUAAUCCGUUUAUCUGGAGAAAUUGUAAUAAGGUCAGCAUCCAUCUUUGGCUAGCAUUUCUGGUUUGACUUCUGCCUCAUCGCUACUAGUUUAGAGACUCGUUCUCGUUCAUCUCUCUGUCUGCUUCCUACACUCUCUUGACAUGCUGCAGACAGGAUAAAUAUUGCCAGUUGUGCUGAAGGAAUACUGCUUCUCCUUCUUCAUUCAGUUACAGAUUCUGUAUCACUUCUUUUUUUGGAGAAAUAUUUAUUUGCUCUUCACCUCUCCUUCACACUCAAGAGAGAAUGGAAAUUUCCAGUGCCAACAGAAAAAGGAUGAAAAGUGUGUUUUAAAAUACAGAGCACAGAAGCGUCUCCAGCUUUGGUCUUCCGAAUUUAGGAUUAAAACUGCAGGAUGUCAUGCCCGGACCAUCGCAGCAAGACUUCGACCACACCCAUCUAUAUUUCAACUGUGGAAGUUAUGUUGUCUUCCAGUCAAGUGACCCCAUCGCUGGCCCCCAAAUCAGCUGUCUGGGGCAGCUCUUUCCAGAGGAUGCCACCAGCAGCAAUUUUAUCAGACUCAGCCUGGUAUUUUCCAACUCAUUCAUCACCCGCAGAUACCUUGCCAAGACAUGACAUCUCACCGUCUCACUCGCUAUCUUCUGAGGUUUACAGCUCUAGGCUGGAUAUAGUCUUGGCACAUACAGAUAAGGGGAAUGGUUUCGGGAAAGACAACAGUUGUGUUAAUCCUCCUGGCAUCAAAUCGGCGUGCCCUGCACUUCACAGAGAUCCUCAGUACAAUGGUUACAGUAGUGGUGGUGCCCAGUCAUCGCUCAUCUCCAGCAAGCAGUGCUCAGGAUGUGACUGGAGUGCUUGUCAUUCUUCUCCUGAUCACACUGGUUCCAUGCAGUUUGCAGUACCUUUCCCACCCGCUGCUGCUUCCAGAGCUCUACCAUGUUGGACAUCACGUCUGGAUGUUUCUCUGUGUGCAAUUCCAUCUCAGAGCAAAAAGCUACACACAGCUCUGACACCUUGUAGUUCAGAGCCGCCAGUACGGCAUGGUUACAGCCCGUGCAAAGCUCAGCUUCCAGAUCUCCAUGCUUCAGUAAAGCUUUAUAUUUCAACUUGCAGUAUAGCAGUAAAGCCAUUUAGGACUGCUUCUCAAGCGAGCAGCCAUGGUUAUUCCAGCCUUUUUUUACCUUGUCGAAAAAACAUGUCAUCAGCAUCUUCCAGUCUUGCAACAGAUCCUCAGAUGACCCAUCAAGCCAUCCCCUCAAGAAGCUCUGCAGAUCUUCAGAUUACACAGCUUCAUGUCACCUCCACGGCUAAGUGCCCUGGUCUUCCCCAGCAAACAGUUUCCAGAGAGAUAUGGUUAUCUCCAACUACAGUGUCUAAAGGAGAUCAUCCUGUUGGCAAAAGGACUGUUGCAAAUGCACAUUUAGAUCCUGAUUUGGUUGUCUUUCAGAACCGUCAUUCAACCAGCAAAGAGUUUGGGAGGACCUCCAGCGCUAGGAUAAUUCCAGAUUGCCAUAAGGUUUCCAAAAUAACCCUUAUACUUGCCACCCCUUGGACAUCCUUCCCUAUUCAAGUGAUAAAGGAAUUCAGGAAAAGCCCAGCUCCUUCGGUCUUCAUCAGAGCAUCAGGUUCAAACACAGGUGUUCCAGCGUUCCAGACAGAUUAUAUUGGCUCUGGCUUCUCACUGUCAAUAAACCCUGUUUGCUGUCCUGAAUUCCAACCUUUGCAACAAUAUGAUGCGAAUUCACAGUCAAAACCUUCCAAGGAGCCAAACACUAUAAGGAAUGUGGAUCAAGAUACACUUGUGACAAACAUGCAGGCACGUACAGCAUCCCGCAGAACUGGUGAGAGUGCAUGGUGUCCAUCUAUCUCUGUAAAAAUUGCUUCCUUUGGAGCUGGGCGGAGAGUGGUGAAGAUUUCCAUUCCAUUUUAGAAACCUAUGAAAACAAGCAUAACCGUGAUUUUUUAUGUUUAAUUUGAAUUUAGUAUCUGUUCAACUGUUGUUCUUUGUUGCUGUUGCUUUUUUCUGGUAGUGGUGAAUAAGGCCGCCCAAUAUAAUUCUGUUUUGUUUUCCUAAAGUGGAGUUAUUUGUUUCUUCCUAUGAACAGCGAGACUGUGGGGGCAGAUUCAUUCCUUUCUUUAGAUAGGUUUGUCUGUGUUCCUAAUUUUAGAUGCUAACUUGUCAAUUGCUGCUUGAAUUUUACUUCUUCUAGCUUUCACCAGGAACAAAACAAAUGUGGGUUGUAAGAACGACCCAAAAAUAUGAGUUUUAAGUGAAACAAUUUUGUGUGUGUUUGGUUAUCUCAAAACUCAGCUCAUAUGGCUGAAUUUCCCCUGACUAAAAUGUGGCUUGAAAGCUGGCUGGCUACUGACAGGCUCUCUCAUCCCAUCAGUUUCUGGUUCUGCCAGAUUCCCAUUAAAUGGUAUAAUUGAAAAGAAGUCUGUAGGCUUUAAAAGCUAAAGUGCUUGGGAAGUUUUCUUUUUCUUUCUGUACAUGCUAUAUUAGCCUGUCAGCCAGCUGAAGAAAGGGGUGUGUGACCUGAAAACUGGUCAUUAUAUCAUUGGUGGUGGUGGGUAAUCUAUAUCACGCUAAUGUCAUUACUAGCCUGGUUGAUGGGGGUUAUUAUGAAAAUUUAAAAAGAACACCACCAUUUUCUUUUGCCUGCAAGUGUCCCAACUCCUUGCAUAUAAGCUAGCAUAUUGGGAGCUGAAAUUUAAAAAUAGAUAGCAACCCACCUAUACCAUUGGACUCAGAGUGGCUGCCAAAAAGGUUCAGGAUUCAGCUAAAACCUGUUGAAAAGCCCCAAACCAAAAGACAUUUCUACUCAUCCAUAGUCGAUUGUGUUUGUCAUUGCUUAUGAAAAAGGUUGUUUUUUUUGUGUGUGUGUUUUGGGGGGGAAGGAUCACCUGAUUUUUCUUAUGUCUUUUUUCAUAAUGUUUUCAUAGUGAGACUAGCAGAGAGGCAAAGGGUAGAAUUUAAUCUUAGGUCAUGAUUCUGGGGCUCUGCAUUCUACAUCUCUAUACGUAGGCUCAAGAUGCAAGCAUCUUGACAUUGCCACCAUGCCAUACCUUGCAGAAUAUUUCAUUUUCCUGGGAAAAAUGUUUCAAAAAUAAAUGUUCUUAUGAUGACAGAAAAAUGUGACUCGGCGUGUUUAUUAAAACCUAAUUCUGUUGUUGUGGUCCCUGGAAUGGAGCAGGGAAAGCCCUGCUCCAUAGCCAGAUGCAAACAGCUGUGCUACAUGAAUGGAUGCAGGGAAAGCGGGAAGGAAGCGGAAUCUCAUUCACUACCCUGUCCCAAUGCUCUACACAUUCAUAUGACUUUCUGCACAGAGACCCUAAAGGCAUGCAAGUUUUUAUGCAGGUAGGCUUUCAGUGUAUGGUCUGUACCCUGAAAAAAUAGAAGGGCAUAAACCCCAUGCCCACAACAUAUGUGCAUACAGUUUAUACACUUGCAGGCACUGUGUGUGGAGUGUUAGGACAGGGCUGACACGCAGGACCAAUACAUGUGUUGAGUCACCACUCAUCGUUAUUUGGAAAGCGCACAUGUUUAUUCCAGACAAGCACAUUAUUAUCUUACUCAGCUUGAGAUAAAGUGGCAUCUGAAGACCAUGAAAGUGGGGGGCAGGGGGCGAGUGGGAAAUCCCAUUUAUAAUAAUGUGUAAAGUGCUGCUCUGUGAAUAUUUGUUGCAUUUCACAUCAGCUGGAUAGAUAUGGUGCAAAUAUUAUUUCCGUAUAGGAAAAUGGCAACAUGUUAUGCAGUCUUUAAUCAUAGGUACAUGCUGAUGUGGAUAUGUUGUAGAAGCAAAUUUUAGUGUUUUAUGGAAAUGCUUUAUUCUGUAGUUUAAUUUUAUUUUAUGUUUUAAUGCUUAUAUUUUAAAGCUUAUUUAACUGAUUUUUAUGUCAGCAAACUGCUUAGAAGCCUAUUUGGGGACUAAGCUGUAUAAUAAUAGUAAUAAAAACACACAUAAUUACAUUUUAAAAAUGCAUCUAACAAUAUCAAUAUGUGCCUUAUUCCACCCUCAAUCUGAUAUAAUACUAGAUCUGGUGUACAGCUCCUGAGUCUCAGUGAAGUCAGCAGGACUGGAUUCCAAGCAUGCACAGGAUCUAGCUGAAUCCGUUCCUGUUAUUGAGGACAACUUAGUAAAUACAUUUUUCUGCAUGUCAUCAACACUAGCUAGAUUUAUUACUGCAGACUUGCACAACCUGUGGUCUGUAUCAAGCCGAAUGCAGCCCACCAAGCAUGCAUGGCUGGCUGCCACGGAUUCAAUAGAUCCCUUGUUUACAUUGCAUGCUGUUAGGGAGUGCAAAAAGCAGACGAUAUCAAGAGGAGCAUAAUAUAUUGCUGAUGGACUGCGUUCAACUUGCCAGGCCACAAGCUGUAUAAAACUGAGCUACUGCUAAUAUAGCUCAUCUUGUUUUGACGCAAUUGUGGUCAAGCAGAAGCCAUGCAAUGUUUAGUAACAACAGAGAUUUGACAGCAUUCAGUGUGACAUUUAAAACUCCACAGACGUAUAAAGCUGGUAGCGGUUUAGUUUUGCUUAACUAGACCAGCAGUCCAUCUGCAAUUGACUUUUCCGCAUACAACUGGAGUUUUAGAUGUAGAACUACAAAACAUCAGGCUCCAAAGGACACUUUCAUACUGCCAUACUUUUGGGUCUAUCACUCAUACCUCCAGACAGAUGCUGUUAUGCAUCCUUUGAGUCAUACGAGUUCAACUUCAUGUCCUAUCACAAAAGAAAGCAGGUAGACUUUGAUAAAUGGCAGCAGCUAAAUAGCAUUUUCAAACAACAAAUCCACUACUGUAACUUCCAGGCAUCCAAAUUUCCCUGAGCAAGCACUGCAGCUAGAAUGGCCUCACUGAGUGAUUGAUUUGACUGAUAGUGCAAUAAAUAUCCACAAUCUCAAUUUUAUUUUUAAAAUAUGCUUUCAGCUUUGUUAAUGAAUACAGCCUGAUAGCUUCUCACUCCUCAACAUUCCUUAUCCCUUGAAGACAUUUUAGCCAAAAGACAGAAUGUAGUACAAUGACACCUUACCAUCUUACAACCCUUUUACCGCCUACUGCUAUUCCACUGCAGGUGUGAUUUGAAGAAUUAUGCCUUUCCAUUAAUAUGCAUCUCCAUGCCAGCGUUCCACUGAGUGAUGAGAGACAUUUCUUGUUCCUCAUUUUAAAUAGUCUCAGAAAAGAUAGGUUGUGGGGGUUUUUCAAGGAGUACCCAGAUGUUCCUACUCUUUCAAUGGAUCGGACAAACUAUGUAUGUUCUUUAGAAAAUAUAUAAUCUGAGGUUACUGGAAUCUUUUGAACACCUAGCCUUUGGUGACACACAUUCAGGGAAGUAACAAGAUAUGUCUCAAUAACUCCUUGAUCAAAUAUAACAAUCUUAACCAAAAGUGAUUUUCAUUAUUCACAGACAUAUUUGAAAAGCAGUGACUUUGGGAGCACAGUAGAUGAGGUGGAGCAGCAGAUCAAGAAACACGAGGCUUUUGAGAAGCUUCUGGCCUCUCAGGUUGAAAAGGUAAACACUUAUACGAUCCUGACCUUAAAGGAAGGUGUAUUUAGGUUAUAGGCAAAUGUCCAGUUUGGUUCUUAAGAGUUGGUUAAGAAUUUAAGAACUGGUUAAGAUAAUUGGAAUAAUUUUUGUGCUAAGUGAAAUCAAUCAGAAUCAUGGCUACAAGAGAUGAUUCACACCACCAUUUGGGGGAUCUGUUUUUUUCAGUGUCUUUGGAAGUUCUUUGUGAGACAAAACAUCUGCUAAAUUUUGAGGGAAGACAAAAUAAUUUCAACAGCUAUAGCCCUAGGAAUGGGAAGAGUAAUAAGGGUGUUUUUCAGCUGGAGCUCAGCUCCGACACCUCUCGGGUAGGCGCCAUUGCUAUUCUAAGAGAACAAGGGAGAAGAUAAUGGCGACCUCCAGAACUUAUUUUUCUUGAAAAAUAGCACUGGUAUAAUACAUGGUUUUUACUGGCACAGCAGCCAGGAUGGCUAAAGAGAAUCAGCAGUUUCAAAUAUCCAGCAUUUCUUAUUCCCUCCAAUUUCAUUAGGUUGAACUUGCAGUUCUAAGGAUCUCUUUUGCACCUAUAUUUCCUUCCAGUAGAAAAAAUUAAUACUUUGUGAACAGAACAGGAACCCGUGAUUGAUUAUGUAUAUCACAUGAACACACAGCUUUGAUUUUAGGCUUGUUUCCUUCUCAGGAAUUGUCUCUUCAGGAACAAUCAAGAAGGCUGCAGCAGGACAGUGAACUGGAAAGAAAACAGAUCGAUCUCAAGCUCAAUGCCAUGUUAGAGAGAAGAAGAUGCAUCAAAGAUCUCUCUCAAAGUAGGCAAGAAAAACUGCAGAUAGCCCUUCUGCUGGCUCUCUUCUACCAAAAUCUGUCAGAGGUGAGAAUGAUGCUAUUGCCAAGUUUAUGUUUUGUAAUUCCCAAGUACCAUAAAGCCCAAUUCUUUUAAUCAUGUACCCAUGGUAGUGCAAAGAAUGUGGUACAUAAUAAAGAGUAUUACAUUAUGAGAGCCACAUUUAUUUAUUGGGGAGGGAGGUCAUCCCACAAUGCUCCUGUAACAUUUUGGGAGUGAUAACCAUAUAGGGAGGGCCAAUCACACAGAAUGACCACCCAGCUGGGUUUGGGGGUGCCUUUUCCAUUAAUUAGGGGGGAGGGUGGUGCUGUGGGUUAAACCACAGAGCCUAGGACUUGCCGAUCAGAAGGUUGAUGGUUCGAAUCCCCGCGACGGGGUGAGCUCCCGUUGCUUGGUCCCUGCUCCUGCCAACCUAGCAGUUCGAAAGCACGUCAAAAGUGCAAGUAGAUAAAUAGGUACUGCUCCGGCGGGAAGGUAAACGGCGUUUCCGUGCGCUGCUCUGGUUCACCAGAAGUGGCUUAGUCAUGCUGGUCACAUGACCCGGAAGCUGUACACCGGCUCCCUCGGCCAAUAAAGUGAGAUGAGCGCCACAACCCCAGAGUUGGUCACGCCUGGACCUAAUAGUCAGGGGUCCCUUUACCUUUAUUCCAUUAAUUGGAUACACAUCAUUGGCCUUACCCAGAUGGUUAUGGCCCUUUGGAUGAAAAGCAGGAGGCUGAACAUAAUUUCACAGCAAUCACCCAAUGGCUGCUGUAUUUUCUGAUAGAAUGGCUUGCUAUGUGGACCAGCUGUAUCAGUAGUCUGAGAACUCCAUAGAUCAGGUAUGGAAAAGCUGUGCACAUCUCCAGCCCCCAUGGCCAAUGGUCAGGGAUGAUGGGAAUUGUAGUCCAACUAGGGACGUAAUAAGGCAUUGUUUUCUGUUCCACCCUGUAUUGCCUUCAUGCAGCACUAUUUCUGUCCAGCUGCCGUUCAUCUAACACAAGAAGCUGCGUUAUUUGUCUCAGUGACUAGUGUGGCAAAAUUAUGUAACUUAGGUAGUUUAUAUUAUUAAUUAGGUAAGUUACACUGUCAAUGUGUUGUUCCACCCCGUUCAUUUCACUGUAAAGGAAACACAAUGCAAAUGUGAAAGCAAAAAGACAACAAAUACCUCUUGUAUUUGCUAGAUUGAUUUCUGUUCUGGACAUGAGACAAAUAAGCAAACGCACAAUUUCUCCCCCUGUUUCUAUUUUCAUCAGAGUUAUCUGUCAUCUCUAAGUCCAAUAAUAUGUUGGGGUGUGUGUGUCACAGGUUCCCCAUUCUUGCCAUGGAGAUAUGAAGAAGUUAAAACUUGCCAUUAUGAAAGAAUCUGUACUUUUGUUAGCACAACCAAGGAUCAACUCUCACUUUAGCCUAUUUUGAAUAUUCCCUUGGAUUAUCAAAACACGACUAGGGUGAUCUUAGUCUUUGUUAGUCCUUCAGAUGUGUUCUGAUUGAUAGGGAAACCACUGUGUUAAAUUCAUGUGGCUUAAGAUACAAGGAUGUCAGUGUUACAUGGAAGACAAUAGCAAUAUGUGUGAAAUACUAACCACACUGAUUCUUUGGUGACAGGCAGAGAGCUGGAUUGAUGAGCGCAUGCAAAAGCUGGAGGAUCCAUCUUUCCAAAAUCUUAGCAACCUGAAUGACAAAAUGAAGCUUCUGCAGAAACAUCAAGUAUUUGAGGCUGAGAUUCUGGCUCACAAGGAUCUAAUUUCUACUGUUAACACGGUGAGUAUUGAAUGGAGGUGCUGUGAUCUUUAGGUCCUGUAGGGGCCUUCUGCAACUGUCAGAUCAAAAAAUGGAAUAGCCUUAAAAUCUUUUACCGAAGAAGAAAAAUAUUAAAGAGCCUUGAAAUGAAAGUUAUUGUUAUCCCCCAAUGUGUAGCUCUCUUCAGGACUCUGGAGUUUGCUUGUCUCCAUGUACUGAAAAUGCUUGGUUACAGCCUGUAUGAAUAAACAGUAGUUACAGUAAUUGCUGUUGAGAGAGGCCAGUUCUCUCCCUAUCUGCAAAAAAUAAUAUAAAAAUAAGUACAAAUUCCUGGUUCUACCUUGUCCUUGACAAGAAGCAGCAGCUAUAAGGAAGCCUCUGGAAAUUAUUCAUAAAUAAUAAUGGCUCUCUCAACAGCAGUUUGUUUUCUUAAAAAUGUGGUCACACAUUUUUAACCUUGUCCACUUUCACAGAGUCAUAAAUCUAUAUGGAACUGCAAUAGUUGUGUCGUCCAACCUGUUUCCUGUUGCUGCAGGAAACCUGCUAUUACAGGCCCACAUCCCUGAUAGUUUGGCCCUGUGUCUCCCUGGUGUUGAGCUUUUCUUAGAAACAUAUGGAAAUAUUGUGUUUCAUCUUUUUCUUCUUAUUUAAUUAUUUCCUAAUUACAUGAAGCAAGGAGAAGCCUUAUUGUGCCAGAAUCACCCGAAAUCAGGGGAAAUCCGUCGUAAGACUCGUUUGCUUCAAGAACGGUGGGAGACACUGAAAUGUGCUGUUGCUGCUCGUGGAAAGAUGCUGGAAGACAUUAGGGAUUUCCUGGAAUUUCUGCAGAAAGUGGACCAUGUAGAGGCUUGGAUCAGAGACAAGGUCAGUGAAUUUUACUGGCUAGUUGCAAACUAGUCAUUAUGUGACUCUUCUGUAGACUAUUAUUACCAUUUUCAUACGUUUAUAGCUAACAAGUUUUCUGUAGUUGCAAAGUCUACAGAAGAGUCACAUAGUUUUAUUUAUUUUUGAACAUUUCUCUGCAGUGUUCCCACAGCAAAUGCAUAAAGUAUGUUUAGUAUGCAGAUCAAACAUGCACAUGCAUUUUUAAACACAUUCUGGCCUGUUUCACACAUAACCUAAACCAUGUUUUAUGUAACCUAGCUGUCUAACCCAGCAGACUAAUGGUUUGUUUUCUGCCAACAAACCAUGAUUGAAGCCAUUGUUUGUUGUUGGCUUGUUUUAACCAUGGUUUGGUGUUGCAUCUGAUCCCAACAACCUUGCUUAAUCAUGGUUUCUUUGGCUACCUCACAGUAGAUCAUCAUCAAGGCAUGAGUGAAGAGAAAAUGGAAAACAAGCCAGACUUUGGAAGAACCAGCCAUGGCUUUUUUGCUCAUCCAUGAAACAACUCAUGGUUUGUUAAACAGACCAUGGCAUGGGUUUAGUAUUAGGAGUGGAUAUACAAUGUUUUGUGACAGGGCUCUUCUCCCAGUAAUUUGGCCUUUCCUGCAAUAUAAAAUUGUGUUUGUGAUAUUUCAAAAGUGCAAAAUGCACACAUUUGAACAUUCAGAAUGAUGGUCAUCAUGAAGAUAUGGGAAAUCUCGUUAACAAAUCAAAAAGUAUCCGUUUUGAAGUGGUCUCCAUUUUCCUUCUCUAAAGAGCUGUCAUGUGAAUUUUCUGAUGGAUAUGGAGCUUUUUGCCAGCUACUUACAGGAGCAUGCUGGAAAUUCAUUUGUGUUAUGGAAAAUGGUACCUCUUCCUAUAAGUACAGCGCAUGCAUGGAAAUCCUUAGGCACAAAGCUUUAAUCACAGAUAACUGUGACUUAGACUUCUAUUGUUUUGGCUUCAUAAACCCAAUGCCUUUUGAGACAGUGGGGAUUCAGUUGUCCUCCUUUGUAUUAGCGCCUGCAUCAAACAUCAGGUUCUGUUAAUACCUUUACCAGAGCAGAAUGUAACACAGCAGACGUGAUGUUACCUGAUACUGUAAAAAGCAUAUUGCCACUCUCAGAAUGGGAAUGACUUAUAGGGGACAGAGUGGGAAAAUAUCCAGGUGAUAGGUGAUGGAUGUCAUCUGUUGAUACCCUGGGCCUGCAUUGUGUGUGAGAUAUUAAUGGAAUGCCAAUUUUACUGUUUUUCUUUUCCCAGGAAGUCAUGAUUAAUAUUGGUGAUGUGGGGAAUGACUAUGAACACUGUCUUCAGCUGAUGAAAAAGCUGAAUGAGUUCCGAGGAGCUUCAGGGGUAAGAGAUACAUUUCCAGAUUCACCUUUCACAGCUGGAAAAAAUCUAACUUUUCAGCGAGCUGUUCAGACCUAUUUGGCUGCUGCAGGUGUGAGUUAAUACAAUGCUAGAUUGGUCGGUGUAGCUCUUAUGUCUACCUGUUUUAGGUUGAAUCCACCUUAUUUGCCAUAAAGAUCAUUUGGCAUAGGUCAGUUUCUCUUACAACAUCAGUCAGCUAUCCUGUAACGGGAAGCAACCUACAAAGUUAUGGGCCUAGCAUAUGUUUGCUAAAAUGUUAAACUGAAUGUAAACUUUAUGUGAAAAUCCGACCACAUAUUUUCUACAAGAAAAUGAAAAUGUGAUUCUAAGCAUCCAGCCAGACACUCAUGUUUAGUUGUAUGGUGGAACACUGAGCAUUUGACUGGAAUUUUGGCAUUAAGUUGCAGUCCCGUUACAUUGAGCAUUUGGGGCUAACAAGGAAUUAAACCCUUUCCUGCUCUGCAGGAAACUGUAUGACCACCAAGAGUUCAAAGUGAGAUAUAUGCCCAAACCAGGCAAAUGUGGACUUUCUAGCUUUGUUUGAUACUUAUGGGAAGUCCUACCAUUUGUGCAGCAAAACUACUUGUUACACCAACAUUACAACAGUAUGUCUCACAGCAAAGGCAUAAAGUAUGUAUGACAUUACAACCAUGUACCUGUAUUUUUAAAAAUAAUCACAUACAUGAAUCUGGGGGCCCUGGCCAGAUCAGGCUUCCAAGAUGCAUGCAGUCUGAAUGCUUACAGAUGUCAGGAUAUCACCCACACUUCAUGUUUGCCAAGAGAAACGCUGGUCAUAACAAAGUUAGAGAUGUCCUGUAACUUGAAGUUCAGCCUCUGAUGAGCCAAGACCAUGUUAUGUGUUAUACACAUCAGAUUUAGCAGUCAAGUUAACCAUGGCAAAACUCUUUCUUAUUUGUAAAUAUUGUAUACCGUUCCUUUAUACAUUUAAUUGCUUGAAUAUAAUAUAAUUAAUGUAAUAUAAUGUGGGCCUGGCAAGAUCAGCUUUCAAAACAAUACAAGCCAUUAGGAAAAUAUAGUAACAGUUUGAGCAAAGGCAGCAUGACAUGACAGCUGCUUGUGUCAUCUUUCUCUGCCGUGACCUCUCAGUUUCUUCAUCUCUGGUGCUGAGUCAUCACGACCGAGUUGACUUAUAGCUCCCCGGGGCUUUGCUAACUUUGGCACUGAACUGAGUUGAGCACUUGUGGCCAGUUGCUGUGUGGUGAUAGUGGCCCGUUAGCUGCCACUUUCAGUUUUCUAUGUGUGGCCAUCUUUCAGUCAUAAACAGAGUUCACAACUGCAGUGCAUGGCAUCAAUUUUGACAGAAACAGAAAGUUUGGAAAGAGCCUCAGUUUUCUAGCAAGCGGGGUUUGGGAACAAAUGGAACAAUCUGAAGCUGGAUUAUGUUUGCUGGGUCUUCCCUUCUUUUCAUCUUCACUUAGAGUUCUUCCUGUUACCCAAGCAUUUUUGUACUAUGGGCCUCUUGCUUCCAAUGGCAGAAGGAAAAUCUGUAUUGUGUCUAUAACAACCCUUAGAAAGCUGGGAUCUUUACAAACUUAAGUUUCCUUCUACAGUGCUUCCCUCUUCCCCAAAAAUAUUGGAGUGAAAAUGCAUCUGGCAGUUCUGGGCAGUAUGCCAGAACUGUCCCAUUUCAACUGCAGGAAAUCAGCAGAGCUAGACCAGGCAAGGCUAAACAUUUCUUGGUCCCUUAUGCCUUCAAGAGAAACCUGUUGGCUAUAGCAGAACAAUAAAAUCCAUGACACUCCGUGAUAAAAUAAUGCAGAGAUGAGGAUGGAGAUCAUUUUUGCUUUAUGUCAUAAUUAGAACAAGGCUACCGAACUUUUAUUUAUUUAUUUAUUUAUUUAUUCAUUCAUGAAUGAAUGAAUGAAUGAAUGAAUGACUCACCUUUUACAUGCAUCUCAUAGUGACUUGCCAGAGUUAAAAAGAAUGUUCAAUACAGUACAAGGGAAAAACAACUAAAUAUAACUUUUAAAACUAUACAAAAUUAACACUUAAGGCAAAGACCUUUUCAUCCAGCUGGAAAAGCUUAUCAAAACAAAAAUGGCUCCCAAUAGCUUCUGGAAAGUACCGUAGUAGGUUCUGCAUAGUAAGGUGGUUCUCAGCUUGGAUUCUGUUGCUGAGGUCCACUUCACAUAUCAGAGUUUUUCUAUAUGUGUAGAUGCAGAGUAUUAAUGGGCAUAUGAGACAUCUUCCUGAAACACAAUACAAGUGAAGUCUGCAAGGUCAAAUGUGGCUGCCAUCCCUCUACACCAUAUUUCCCAUCUUUCCCCCCUCCUGCACUGUUGGCUGCUGUCACCACCCAUUCCAAUCUCCAGCUACUACUUGUUAGCCCUUAGCCUACAAUAGAUAUUAUUAUUUUGCUCAUUUUUAAAAAAAUAAUUUUUCUUAAUUUUCAACACAAGUAUACAAUCUUAUCAAAAUUUUCACAAAUUUAACUCUAUUUGGACUUCCUUCAGCUUCACUGACAAUCAUCCAUAUUUACCUCUCAAUUACGCAUUUCUUUUGUUUUUAUUGCCAUUAGUCUUCCCUCCCACUAUCUAUUUCUUUUUAACAAUAGAUCUCAACUUUCACAGUGCUUCUUGAAACCCCACUAGCGUUGUUUGCACAUCACAUGUACUUUUCAGAUAUUCAACAAAUUUUCCCCAGUCCUCGAUGAACUUUUGGUCUCAAAGAUAUCUAAUUUUCCCAGUUAGUUUGUCCAGUUCUGCAUAAUCUGUCAGUUUCAAUCUCCAUUCUUCUAUCGUCGGAAUUUCCUCUUGUUUCCAUUUCUGGGCCAGUAGAAUUCUUGCUGCAGUAACUGCGUAUUGGAAGAGUUUACAGUCUUUUCUUCUUAUUUCCCUUCCUGUAAUCCCUAAAAGAAAGGCCUCUGGUUCCUUUACAAAUGUAUAUUUUAACAUCUUUUUCAUUUCAUUAUAAAUCAUCUCCCAGAAACCCUUCACUUUCUUACAGUCCCACCACAUAUGAUAAAACGUUCCUUCCUUUUCUUUACAUUUCCAAUGUAAAGAAAUGUCUUUUUCUGCAUAACCACUUUCUUUAAUGUCUUUUUUAAACAUUUCAUUAACCUGAAAAUAAUGCAACCAAUCAUAGACAUGUUCUCUGACUUGUUCGUAUGGCUUUAGUUUCCAUUUUCCUCCUUCUUUAAUAAUCAAUUCACCAUAUGUAAUCCAUUUAUCUCUCAUAUUUAUUUUCUUUACACUCAUAACCUCUAAUGGAGACAGCCAGUGUGGAACUCUUGGUUCUAAUAGGUUUUUAUACCUAUCCCAUAUUUCUAUUAGUGAACUCUGGAAUAUGUGGUUCCCAAAGGCUUUAUGGAUUUUCUUCUUUUCACACCAUAAAUACGCGUGCCAUCCAAAUCUGUUAUCAAACCCUUCUAAAUCUAAUAACUCCUUAUUUUCUAGUUUUAUCCAUUCUUUCAACCAGCAAAGACCUGAUGCUUCAUAAUAUAGUUUCAAAUCUGGCAGGGCGAAGCCCCCUCUUUCCUUUACAUCCGUUAGUAACUUAAAUUUGAUUCUCGGCUUCUUGCCCUGCCAGAUAUACCUUGAAAACACUCUUUGCCAUUCUUUGAAAAUUGCUACCCCCUUUAUUAUGGGGAUAGUCUGAAACAAAAAUAACAUCUUUGGAAGAACGCUCAUUUUUAUCGUAGAAAUUCUACCCCAAAAAGAUAAUUUCAUUCUGCCCCACACCUCCAGAUCUUUUCUUAUUCCAUUCCAGACCGGUAUAUAAUUGUUCUGAAACAAAUCAAUAUUUUUAGGAGUUAACCAAAUUCCUAAAUAUUUUACCUUUUUCACCACCUCUAUCUCUGUUCUUUGUUGCGUUAUUUCUUAUUAUUUUGCUCAUUUGAUACUUGCUUAGCUGUGGAGUCUAAAAUGUGAGCCUACCCCAGAAUGAAUAGUGAAUAGUGGUAUGUAUGUAUGUAUCACAGUGCAUAAGGAAUCAACACUUCUUUAACUGAUCCCUACCCACCCCCAAGGCUCUGCUAAACCCAUGAUUAAUGUCUCCUUGCUCCUUGUGUGAGUUUAUUGUACUUACUGCAAAGCUGAAAAUCUGAGUACCGCAACGGAACAGUUUGGCCUUUGAAACUAUGUGCUGUUCAGAGCUGGAUAUUGAUCAUGAUCCAGGAAAAGGUUCGUCACAAUGUAAUCUGUGUUUGAUGUGUUGUAAGCAAAUAUUUUCAUUUCCAGUGUGCAUUGAAACAGACAGGAGGUGGUGGUUUCUGAAGAAUGUUAUUCAUGGAGAUGAUCUGAUUUGUUUUUCACUGUGAAGCGAUAAUAGCUAUGUAGAAAAAAGUGGGCACUAACUAGUCCUCCUCUUGAAGUGGUUUUACAGGGCUCAAAACUACAUGGCCUAAUCUAAAAUAGGGGGGGGGGGAUAUGUUGCCUGUCUGCUGUGCAAUUUGAACUGAGUUGGUUUCUUCCGUGUUAUGGAAGUGCUGCUAGAUUCCUCCUUUGCACCUUUGGGCCAAAGAAGACAUAACACCAUUCACACAUUUAACAACCACAUACAUGUUUUGUUUAGAGCAAAUUGCAGGCAUUGGGGGCCAAUUGAGAUCAGGGCCCCAAUAGGAGACGUCAACCCCUCACUGUGAUCCUUAUCUGGAUGACCAUUCUCCCCCUCUUCCUGUGCUGUUUGCAAUGGUCCCAAUGGGAAUUUCCAUUACAAAAUAAAUGGCAAUAAUGCAGGGGGCAUCAAAAUAGGACUAUAGCAGGGCUCAAAGGGUUAAGGCCUCCCAGCCCUCUGCUGUGAUCUUGAUUGCCAGUGCCCGCAUCUGCUGUUUACGCUAAAACAAACCAGACACCAUUCAUACAGUGACUAAUGAUGUUAUGUCUAGUUUGUCCCUUUUGUCAAGGGUCACAUUCAUUCAGCAAUGUGAGCAGAACAGCAGAGGUUGUAUUACUGAGAUACUCUGGCAGAAUUACAUAACUUUUACUUAAUAACUGUUUAUAUAUAAGCUGGCUGUUUCUCUUCGGUGUUGGUCAUGUAGGGAGUGGCAGUGGACGAUGCCCACAUCAAAGCCAUCAAUGUCCUUGCUGUGAGGCUGGAGAGGGAGAAUAAGGAAGAGAUGAAAACAAUAUACCAGCGCCGAAAGCAGCUGAAUGAGAGGUGUGUGUAUGUGAAUCUAUAAUGAUGUCCACAUGGGGGAUGAACAGGACAAUCAAAACUGAACAGCUUUAGGGCCCAAGAGGAAUUGGUAGUGCCACCUGCAAUGAUUUAAAAAGAGACAAGACUGAUCUUAACAUAUAUGUAUUUUCAUCAUUCCUCACUAUCCUAACCAUACUCUCAUAGAAUCAUGGACAGGUGGUGUUAGAACAAAUGUGAUGUUCAACUGGGCAAGUUCCUCUGUCCAAAGAUUUCAUUUUUUCCACUGGGACUGUAUUGAGUUUUCAGCUUUUAGCAAAGGGAAGGGGGAGUGCAAGAAAAUAAAGCUGUGGGGCAAACUACAAGAUGUACGCCAAAGGAGAAGUCAACCAUCAUUCUUAAACCCAGGUUUAUUCCAUAGGAUAAAUGAUCUUCAGUUGUCAUCAGUGUCCACUGUCAUACCUAUUAACUCCCAAGUGAUGAGGCUUCCUUUAUGACAACAUUUCCAAAGCUGUCUUUCACAGCACCAUGCUAUGCUUUGAGCACAACCCAUAAUGUCUUGCUAAUUGAGCUUGGCAGCCAGUUAGCAUGCUGAUGCCAGUGGUGCCAGUACUAGGUCAGACUAGUCUCUAGGCCAGUAUCUCCAAGCUUGGCAGAGAAAUAUGUGGUGAACAACAAAAGGCAACAAAAUUAUGAGUGGAGAUCAAUCAGCAUGAUAUCUUCCUAGCCGGUUACAGGUAGGUAACCGUGUUGGUCUGCCGUAGUCAAAACAAAAUAAUAAUAAAAAUUCCUUCCAGUAGCACCUUAGAGACCAACUAAGUUUGUUAUUGGUAUCAGCUUUCGGGUGCAUGCACACGAAAGCUGAUACCAAUAACAAACUUAGUUGGUCUCUAAGGUGCUACUGGAAGGAAUUUUUUGUUUUAUUAUUAUUUUUUUAUCUUCCUAGCCAUGUACUGUACUUUCUCAAGCUGUUCCUAAGACAGCUCCUUUCUGCAUCUGGCAGGUUUCCAGCCAUGACCUAAGAUAACCCACAGAGCAACUUGGGAUUCAUGAAUGCAACUUAAGUUUACCUUGCAGCUUGGAGAGACAAAAAAAAUUCCCAUAGAGAAGUUCUAAUAGGCUAUAACUUUGCAGAAUAAAGCUGUUAAAAUGUAUUUUCUUAUGGCUAAAAUUAGAAACUUCUGUCUUAGAACAACUAAACUUAGGCCACCAAGCCACCCGUACCAAUAAAAGUUAUAAUCAUGACAACUUUCAUUUAAUUAAUAACUCCACAUGUAUUCUUCAACUUUUCUCUUAACCACUUUUUACAUAUCUUCAUUUCCAAUUGUUUGAACAUCUACCUAAGCAAAGCAGGGCAGUGACUGAGAAGUCUCAUAAACCAAAGUGCAGGUUUUGAAAGCAGCUUCUGAUUCCCAUCUUUGAACAGUGUGAUCUGCUCCAAUAAAAUGAAUUUUUUGAAUAAUAGGUGGAACAGUUUCCAUGGUGAUCUCAAAUCAUAUAGAAGGAAGUUGGAAGGAGCUCUGGAGGUCCAUAGCUUGAUCAGAGAAAUGGACGAUAUCACCGAAAGAAUAAGUGAAAAGGUGAUUUGCUUUGUUAUAAAAUUUCCAUUCCUAUUAUCCCCUUGGUGAGUUCCCUAAAGUGAUUGAAAUUCCAGUGACCCAAAUAAACUGAGAAAUGCAGGGGUAGCAUUUUCUUAUUGGAAUACGUGGAAAAAGAGAGCUGCCAGUCCCAGCUAUUGCAGUGCUUCUCUGCUUUGUGAUUGGGGUUACACACGAAGUAGCAAAAUAGCCUAUUCUCUAGAGACAUCUUGUCAUAAGUAGGUUCAGUUUAAACUGAACUUGUUCUGUAAACUUUACAGUGUAUAUAAAAUGAUCCAAAAUUAUUAUUAUUGUUGUUGUUGUUAUAUGUUUAUUUGUACCCUGCCCUUUUCUCAGAGAGACCUCAAGGCAGGUAAAAAGUGUCAACUUCUUCCUGCAAUAUAGCAGGCACCAAUGGUGGUUUAUUUCCAUUGUUUAUGAAUAACCGGCCUUUUUUACACUGGCGUUUGCAAACCAUUGAUGCUAGCUUUUUAUGGACACCCAUGCUAUGAAGUGCAUAUUCCAUGACGUCUUAUAAUACUUUUUGUUUUACUGCUUUUUCUUUAAACCAGUUUGAGAUUCUGAAUGAAAAUGGUCUAGAAAUAAAAGAAGGAAAGAAGUUGAAGGUGCUUAAAAGAACUGAGCUGUGACCUUUUCUUUUCUUUUCUUUCCUUCCCCUACCCCCACCCCACAAAUGUCUUGUUUCCUUAAGAGUACACUGAUACAAACACUGGACUAUGGGAAAGAUAUGGAAAGUGUAGAAAACCUAAUUCGAAAACAUGAAGAAAUGGAGAGGGAAACUGGUGUCAUUCAAUCCAAGAUAGAGGUAAAAAAUAAAUAAAUAGUUAAUAUCCUGAAAUGCAAAUGGUAAAUACUAUAUGGACACAUCCAUUGACAUUUGUCCUGCAGACAAUUUUAAGCUAAUGCAGUAAUCAUGUCGCAUCAGUUUACAAUGGAUCAUGGUGUUGUAAAGAGGAUCGGGGGGGGGGGGGGGCUAGUUUUGCCAUAUUAUGUUCCCAGUAGUUUACUUUGUGAUCUUCCAUGGAUGGUUUCAUUACUAAGAUUAUUUUUCUUGUCUUUCUUUGUGUAUUAUAUUUUGUGAACAGAAAAGUAGGGCAUAAAUGUCCUAAAUCAAGAGGUUUUUUUAGAAGGGACCAUUACACAGUGUGCUUAUGCUUCUUUCAGGCUCUGGAUCUAGAAUCCUUUCCACUUUGCAAGAGGAAUCCGUCCUCCAUAACCGACAAACUGACUAUGAAGCAAAAGGAAAUGAAAAACAAUUGGCUACGACUUCAGGGUCAGACCAAGCAAAGGUAAAAAUACUUAGAACAUGGCCACCUCCAUCCUGUAUACAUUGUUAUCCCAAGAAUGGAGAACCUCCAGUCCAGGGGCCAAAUGUGGCCCUCUAGAACUUUCGGUCUGGCCUUUGGGGCUCUCCCUAGGCCAUACAGUACUUCUUACCAGUUCUGAGUUGCACUCUUGAAUGUUUUUUUCCUGUCUAGAAUGUGACCUUGAACUUUUCAUAAUGUUUCUUCUUUGGUGGUGCUUUUAUUUAUUUAUUUAUUUAUUUAUUUAAUAUCCCAUAUUAUACCUGAAGGUCUCAGGACUGUUCACAGAGAAGAACACAAUAUAUAAAAGAAAAAUAAAAGCAAUAACCCAAUAUAGAAACUUGCCUACUGUACAAAGGUAGAAUUCUGCUCCAUCCCACUGCUGGCAUGUAGCCUCCACUUGGGGUGGGAUCCAGGUUCCAGAUUCAGGAAAAAAUUGAGUACCACUCUAGCCCUGCUACCAUGAGUACCAUAAUAUGUCUACACCACAAAAGAUGUUAGGGGCAGAACUUGGAUGGAACGUACAUGAGUUGAGUUGCAUUUAGGUAUGUGUACAGUGGUGCCUCGCAAGACGAAAAGAAUCCGUUCUGGGAGUCUCUUCGUCUAGCGGUUUUUUCGUCUUGCGAAGCAAGCCCAUUGACGGAUUAGCGGAUUAGCGCUAUUAGCGCUAUUAGCGGCUUUUAGCGGCUUUUAGCGGCUUUUAGCGGCUUUUAGCAGCUUAUCAGCUUAUCGGAUAAGCAGAUAAGCGGCUUAGCGACUUAGAAAAAGAGGGGGAAAAGGGAAAAAAAAAACCAGGAACUCGCAAGACAUUUUCGUCUUGCGAAGCAAGCCCAUAGCAGAUUCGUUUUGCGAGGCACCUCCAAAACGGAAAACUCUUUCGUCUAGCGAGUUUUCCGUCUUGCGAGGCAUUCGUCUUGCGGGGCACCACUGUAAUGUGCUUUCAUAUUUCCUUGUUUGUGUGUGUGAAUGUCGCUAAAGGAGAAAGUGUAAUUCUAUAGGUAACGGAUGUGCAAGGCUCUCCACACAUGGCAAAAUAUAUAUUUUCCUUGCUGCCUUGAGUUCAGUUUGCAAGCCUUCUAUUUCCACUGAACCUGGCUCUGUUCCAGGAAAGAUAUGCUUAGGAAUUGUUUCCAUGCAAGAAGUACUGCUGGGAAAUGGUACAGUUAGAUCCAAUCAGAACUGCUAUUAGAUUGUUCAUUGUGUGACAGGGGUGAGAAAUUGGCAGCCUCUUACCAGUUGCAGAAGUUUAAUUCUGAAAUGAAGGAACUCCUGGACUGGAUUCAAGAGGUCAAAGGUCGAAUGGAGGCUGGUGGUCUUCCUAGAAGUCUCGCUGAAGCAGAAAGUAUGAUCGAAGAACAUCAGGAAAGAAAGGCAAGUAUGAAUCACAUCAGCUGGCUAUAGGCAUCCUGAUCAUGGAUUCCAUUGCCUCAUUCAGGAUCAAGCUACAUAGUAUAUUUAGCACAUAGCCCGCAUCUACAUAUUGUGCCUUUUUCUUACUCAGAAGCAAGCACAAGGAGCCAUUCUGACUUGGUACUGUGGGGAGGGGAGAUCACUUAAGUACUUAUAACACAGCAGUUUGACUUCACCCUCAGAGGCACACUGUCUCUUGAGACAGAUGAAUGCCAGCAACAGUAUUAAAACUUCUGUCAUUUACUGCAAACUUUUCAACGACAACAAAAAUAUAUUGACUUGGAGUGGGACCAACUCUAUGCUCGGGCUGCUAGAGAAUGGAUCAUUUGUUCUCUAUAUUUAUUAGCUCUCACAGUUUCCUGUGCAGUUUCAGUGACAACUCAAAGACUAAUGACUUUCCAUAUAAAUAUUAGUAUUGGAAGGUACUCUACACAGCCUAUUUUUGUCCCCAAUGACCUGUAAUUCUGGAUAGCUGUAUUUCUGCAUGAACAUUUGACAUCAAUCUACCCAACAUCUUUAUAGGAAGAAAUUGAAGCACGAGGGGAAAGGUUCGGGGCGCUCAGCAGCUACGGUCAAACACUUGCCAACUCCAGUCAUUAUGCAGCCCCUGAGAUCCACCAUUCCCUCACUGGACUUCAACAGGCCUUGACCGAAAUGAUCCAGAUCUGGCAAGAAAAGAAUCUGAAACUGCUUCAAGCCAUGGAUUUGCAGGUAGGUGGACAAAUGGUCUGAGACAGCCAACCAAGACCAGAGCAAGUGCUUUGAGGAAACAUCUGUCAGUAGCUGUUUCUGGUUGAUAGAUGGAGAAAGUGGUAGCCUUAGAAUUAUGGACUCAAAGGGGAAGAAGGAAAGAAUGCACUUAAAGAACUGGAAUAUGUUGCUGCUUUUGUCUUGGUUCAGUAAACUAAAAAUGAAUUAAUGUCAGUUACUUUCUUCUUUUUCUAAUCUUAGUUUUCCCCAUUUCUGCAUGGUUGUUGUUUUAAAGUCCACAUGAAAAUUCAUAUACAUUUUUGUUUAUGCUUCAGUCUAGCGGCAGCUAGACUGGUGACUGGGAGUGGCCGCCGGGACCACAUAACACCGGUCCUGAGAGAUCUGCAUUGGCUCCCAGUACGUUUCCGAGCACAAUUCAAAGUGUUGGUGCUGACCUUUAAAGCCCUAAACGGCCUCAGUCCUGUAUACCUGAAGGAGCGUCUCCACCCCCAUUGUUCAACUGAGAUCCAGCACUGAGGGCCUUCUGGCGGUUCCCUCAUUGCGAGAAGUAAGGUUACAGGGAACCAGACAGAGGGCCUUCUCGGUAGUGGCGCCCGCCCUGUGGAACGCCCUCCCUUCAGAUGUGAAGGAACUAAGCAGCUAUCUUCUUUUUAAAAGACAUCUGAAGGCAGCCCUUUUUAGGGAAGUUUUUAAUAUUUAAUAUUUUUAACACUUGAUUGGAAGCCACCCAGAGUGGCUGGGGAAACUCAGCCAGAUGGGCGGCGUAUAAAUAAUAAAUUGUUGUUGUUGUUGUUGUUGUUGUUGUUAUAUACACAUUUUUGAAUGCCUUUCCUCUCAAAUAUAAUUCACUUUUGCAUACAAUUUUCAGCAAUGUGUACACUUUCUCCAAAUGUAUACAUGUGCACAUGUUGUUGUUGUUGUUGGAGAAUGGUAUUGCAAAAUCCAGAAAAGUGCAAAAUUGUGUUUUGAUUCGUUUAUUAUCCAAAGUGCAAGCAAAUUAAGUAGGUUUGCAUUAAAAUGUGAAUGAGUGCAGUUCUCCCACAUCCCUACACUAAACUUAUAUUCAUCUCAAACUGAAACCAUCAGUUAACUUUGAUAUAUCCUCCUAUUUCAAUUUUGGGCAGUGUGUGUCUGUGUGUUUCCUUAAAAUGCAUAAAACAAAGAUAUUUUGCCAGGCUAUAUUUAUAUUUAUAUUAUUUAUAUUUUGAUAUGGCUUGAUUUAUAAAUGAGAAUAGCUGGAACUCAUCUUGGUCUAAUAGUCGUGUUUAUUCCCUUUCACAUGGAAGCUAUUUUCUCUGUUCAUAGAUAUGUAGAAAAAGGCUUCUGUUUCUCAUUGAGGAGACUAUGGCACAAAGCAUCCAUUGAGGAGCACUCUUUCAUUCAUUAGUGGUUUACUUAGAUAAUUGACAGAGCACUUGAAUUGCAUGUAGAAAGUCCCUGGCAUCUCCAGCUAAAUGAUAAGGUAUCAGGAGAUGUGAAAGACCUCUUCCUAAGAUCCUGGAGAGCAGCUGCCAGUCAGAGUAGACAUUACUGGAUUCAGCAGAUGUAUCCUCUGGCAUAAGACUACUUCCUAAUUCCUGGUGCAAGGGGUGGGAUGGAAAUCCAGUCACCACUGGAUAUAGUAAUGACUCUGAAUCCUAGAACUAUCUGCUGUGCUGCUUUUUAAUAUUAGCAAUGACUUGGAUGCUUAUAAGUAAUGUUAGAUCUUCCACCGGUACCUAUCCUAAGCAUAUUUUCUUGCAAGUAAGCCUCAUUGUAUUUUGUGCUGACUUGAUUUUAUUGGGAAAGAGCUCACCAUCUCUCUCUCUCCCGCGCACAGACAUUCUUAGGUUGUGUGGAGCAGAAUGAAAGCUGGCUUAGCAGCAAAGAGGCCUUCUUAGCAAACAAAGACUUGGGGGUAAGAAAAAUGAGCUGUAUGUUUUCUAUUUUCAACUAGAGGGAGAAGACGUUGGCACAGAGUAGAAAGUGCAAAAACCCUCCUUUAAAUAAAAUCACCCUUAGGAAAUCUUACUUUUAGCUUUCUUUGCCAGAAGGCACACAGGAUUCCUCACCUUUUGACUCCUGCUACCAUUGGCUUUAUUUAAUAGUUUCCUAUUCGUCACUCUCUCCUCUCUAACACCAUCCUCCAGUCUGCCUUUUCUUUCUAAUGCACAUGUAUUAGGACAGCCUCUGAAAACACUGAUGAAUUUCAAAGCCACGUAGUCAACCAUAGCUUUUGAUGAUACCCCCAUAUUCUGUGCUCUUGCAUUCAACAAGCAAAACUAUCCUGACCCGCUGGAAAGUUUAGAUCGAUGGACAUUUGAAUCCUGAAAUAAAAGCAUCCCCCAGUUUAGACAGUGGACCCUAAGCUCAGUGGAAGAACAAUUGCUUUGAAUGCAGAAGGUGCCAAGUUCCACCCUGGGUAUAUCCAGUUAAAUCGACUGACGCUGACUAGAUGAAGUGAGGUGAACCCUUGGUCCUCCAGAAGUUGCUGAACUACAGCUCCUGUCAACUUCACCAAGCAUGUCCAAUGGCUGGACUGUUACAGGGUUGUUUCCUAUGUUAACGAUUUUUGCCAUCCUCUUCAGGAUUCGGUAUCCAGCGUGGAGAGCCUGCAUCAAAAACACAUGCAGUUUGAAAAGGCCCUGGAAACCCAGCUGGAGAAGAUUGACAUGAUGGCCUCACGUGCCCAGCAACUGAGGGACAGCCAGCAUUAUGACUCCGAGAACAUCAUGAACAAGUGCCAAGCGGUUCUCAGAAGGUAGCACCUAACCUUUUCCUCCCAUGGUGUCUGUAAAAUCUCUCCUAGCAAGAGUUGAGAAUCUCAGGCUCAGGGGAACCACUGUGGCCCUCUCUCUCUGGCCCCAGACUGCACUCACCAGCCCCUUUGAGUGCUUCUGCUCAGUGGGAGUGUGGCCUUGAAUUGUGCUGAUGCUUCUUGCCUACCAGGAUGGGUGAUGGAAAGAUGUGUGUGUUGGGGUAUGUUCUGACUUUUGAGUGGAAAGUGUGUUACAUCUGUUGCUCUGCUCAUGUUUGCCUCUCGUGCCCCCUGCUAUUUGCACGUGUCCCCGGAAGGUUCCCCAUGGGGGAAUAUGGCUGUUUGUCUGAAAAAGGCUGUACGCCCCAAACAGAGACCCAUCUUUUAAACAAUUUCUUGAUUACCUACCACUCAUCCUAUGGUAUUCCAGUUCUUCAGAAGUUCUUUCAGAUAAAGGUGCACUUACUCAGCUACCAGCGCCCCACUUUGGGAAAUGUACAUAAUAUUUACAGAUGUUCAUAGCGCUAGGAAUAUCUGGGAAUAUGUGCUUCAGAUUUGCUCAUUUUGGGAUGCUACUCUGUUAGUGACCUUCCUGCCUCCUUGCCAGCCCUGCUCAGUUCUGUGGUUCUUGGAUUCUAGUGAGAUUAUCUGUCCCAAAAGUUAAGCAUAUAUUUUGAACUCGUUUUGGAAGUAGAUUGUGAGAAGGUUCAGUUAACCACCCGUGCCAUCUUAUCACCAACAAUGUUUCUUCUUCUUAGAAAGGAGAGGCUUCUGGAAGUUGCUUUAGCUCGCAGACGUCUGCUGGAGCAGUCGUGGCUACUACAAAAAUUUCUACGGGAUUCCUUUGAGGUAUAAUCUAUUUUAUUUGCCGAGACUAACUUAAGCCAUGAUGUGAGAUCCAAUUAGCAUUGUUUGAUAUGAAGUAAUAUGUGUGGAAGCUGGGAGAAAGAAAAUGGAGCGAGUCAUGGAACACCUUGGAGUGAGAAUGGCACCUCAUGGGCUCUGCAAACAUGAACUGUAUUUCUAAAGCCUUUCUACAGGUGUGGGUGAUACUCUGUGAAGUGUAGAUAACAAGUGAGAUAAUUCACCCCUUAUGGAAACAUACAAAUGCAUUGCAUACAAAUGAUGCCAGGAUCAGUCCCUUGCAUCUCCAGAGGGUUUGAUCUUGGAGAGACCACUGUCUGAAACUCCAGAGAGCCACUACCAGAAUGAAUGCCUGAAUGGAGAUCUGUCCAUGAGAGAUGGGGCCUUGUUACUGAUUGGGAACCUGCUUGUGUUGACAGAGCCCUUUCUCUGACAGUUGUACGUGUGGGAGCUCCUUCCAGGCAUUCGGUGUAUAUGUAGAUGGAGAAGGCUGGAGCCUGCCAUCAACCAAUUCCACACAUUAAUUAGUUACAAUACCUGAGGAAAGCAGAUAGAGGAAUAGUUCUGAAAGAACUCUGGGGGAUCUCUUAACUGUAUGUCAUCCUGGGUAUUAAUGCUGGAGUGUGACCUACAACAUUUUCUUUGUGAGUCUCCUUUUCCUAAGGGUGCUUCCAGGCAACUUGUUACUGAGCAGUCACUCUGAUUGGUUUGCAAGGAAGCCAGAUGACGUUGUGUCCAAAGCCAGUGUCAUCCCACAUCUUCCACUCUACUGCAUUCUCCCAUCACUUUCCUUAUCACAAAAAAAUCUGCUGUUUGGGGGAAGCUCACUCGUUAUGCAAGAGCUCCAAAUCAGCUUCUGCUGUGCAACCUGAAUUUGUGGUCUGUGACUGAGCCCCACCCAGUAAAUACCAUCAGCCUGGAAGUGCCCAAAGUGGGAAGCCUGAUGGAGGAAGAAAAGACACUGCCAGCCUUGUUUGCUUGUUCACUUCCUUGUUGUUUCUCCCCCAAGGUGGCUGCCUGGAUGAAUGAAAAAAACAGCAUUGCUCUGGAUGAGAGCUGGAGAGACCCAAGCAACCUUCAAGCCAAACUUCAAAAGCAGCAGACUUUCCAGGCGGAGAUUGUGGCCAACAGAAGCCACCUAGAUAGUAUCAAAGCUGUAAGUGUGAAGAGGGGCUGCCAGAGAAGUCUGGUUCAGCAAAGGAAUGCUUGGCCAUCAGAAAUAAAAUUACUUGAGCUUAAUUAUGAGUCCCAAGGAAGAUGAGAUUGCUUGAAACUGUUGAUACUUAAGGAUGUAGUUCAGAAAGAUGUUGCCCAAUUCAGAAAGACGAGCCAACAAGAGAAAAGACUUUGAUUUUCUUUGUUUGCAGGAAGGAGAGAAAAUGAUCCAGGAGGGUCAUUGUGCCUCUGAUGCCAUCCAGUCCAGGCUGCAGGAAAUAGAUGAGCUUUGGGAUGAGCUGCUGCAAAACUGCCAUGAAAAGAGAAGGAAGAUGCAGGAUGCCUACAAGGUGAAGCAAAACACGGGGGGGGGGAGUGACAAUAGAGGAAGGGUGGUGUAGCUGUGGACUUCCAGAUAUUCCUGGACUACAACCCUCGACAUCUCUGACCCUUGGCCAUGCUGACAAGGUUGAUGGGAGGUGCAGUUCAUUGCCACCUGGAGGACCACACAUUCCUCACCUUUGCUUGAUUGACAGGUUGCCAAUUUAAAAGUCAAGGUUAGCCAAAGGAAGGAUUUGCCACCAGCGGUAUAAAUAAUGUGAACAUAAUUAUGAAUCACAAGGAAGAUAGGGUCGCUUGAAGGUAUAUUGAAUAAUUUGGUUCAGAAAGGUGUUCUCAGGUUCAGAAGGAUGAGCCAUCAGAAGACGGCUUUGAUUUUCUUUAUUUGCUAGGAGGAGAGACGAAAGAAUUACUUAACAAAUGUGUGGUGUCUAUGCUUGCACUCAUAAAAGGGCUCUGACGAAUCCUCAUUUGGUCUCUCCCCCCCCCCCCCCGGCGCUUCUAAAUGUCUGUUUACAUCUGGGUUCUUUCCUCUGGAUUCAGGCCUUACGUUUCCUACGCACUGUGGAUGAUGUGGAGAAAUGGCUGGAAGAUCUAGAAAGCGAGAUGAAAGCCCCAGAAGGCAGCAACAAUUUACUGGUUCUGAAUGAUCUCCUAAAGAAGCAGGAGGAAUUGGAAGAAAGCUUUAUCAGCUAUAGAGACCAGGUGCAAGGCCUUAUCAAUGCAGUGCAAGAAUUUCAACAAGAGAAGCAUUUUCUGGCAGAUGAGAUAGAAGAGAGGGUUGACCAUGUGGUGCACAGGUGCUUGAAUAGUUUUUCCUUUUUCCUUUCCUUCUCUCUGUGUUCCUUCUCCUUUCUAUUGUCACUUUUUUCUGUUGUCACCCUCCUCUUUCCAUCUUUUUAUUAUUAUUGCAUUCCUUGUCUUGGCACUCGUCUUGGUUUAUUAUCCCAUAAUCUUCCUUGUACGUCUCCUUCUGGCAACUCCUGCAGCCAAGUUGGUGCCAAACGUAUUGCUCAGCUUUCCUUUGGACCACAUCAGCAAAGCUGGGGGGCGGGUGGUCUUGUCACCUGGGCAGCCCAGGACCUCCAUACACACUGCCCAGUCUUGUCCCCCAGGGAGGUCACUUCAGUGCUGCUAACACAGUGGCUUGGCUUCACCCCUGGAGGCACACUCCAUUGUCUCGUGAGAUAGACGGAUACCAACAACCUUCCUUAAUACUGAAGUGGAGGCUUCAUUUUGACUCUCCAGGUACAAAAGCCUUAGGGAGCCACUCCAAGAGAGGCGGGGGGGUUUGGAGGCCAGCAGACUUCAGUACCAAUUCGUCCAGGAUGUCAGUGAGGAGUUGACCUGGAUUCAUGAGAAACUUUCCCUGGCAUCCUCCAGAGACUACGGCCAAUCCCUUACAACUGUUCAGCGCUUACAAGAGAAGCACCAGGUAAGGUUCUAUAGUAAGGGCAGGGAAUAUUGGAAAUAGAGAGAAUGGAGUUUCUCCGUCACUGUUCCUUAACCAUAUCUUUUUGCUAAAGUAUCACUGCCAAGCAUGUUUGCCGCCUCCCCCCCCCAUCCCCCAUGUGCUUCAGCAAGGUGCAUGAACACUUCUAUUUCGAUAUAAAAGAGACAAGAAAUGAAUAGCUCCUUCUGCUGGAGGGAGGGCAAAAUUCCUCUACUUCAUUCUUUGAGCAUUUUGGAAUCUCUUAAGAGUGUUGGUGGAUGCAUGGUUUUGACCUUACCUUAUAUAAAAGAGAAAACAUCUUCAUUUUCAAUAUAUACUUUAUUUUGUUGUAUCUAUCAGAAUUUAGAAAAUGAGAUUAGCAGCCACAACGCCUUAACUAAAGCGGUGAUCAGCACUGGGCAGAAGCUGGUGAAGGGAGGCCACUCUGCCUCACGGGAUAUUAUGGAACAGGUGAAAGAACUGGAAGUUUCCCUGGACAACCUGAAGGGUGAGGCUCAGGAGAGAAGAAAGAGACUCAUGCAAUCUUACGAAGCUCAGCAUUUCCUCACUGAGGUAAGAUAGGGCUGGGAUCUCAUGUUCAGGUUUGAUACCUUUUAAAGGAUCGAAAGUUUUCUGAUAGCUUGGUUGAUAAAUUAUUAGAGCUUGAAGCAUAAUUAAAACAUGGAAGCCAUUACCUUGCUAGAUUUUACUGUUCUGCCUGUUCUAAUAAUUUGUAUUUUAUUUUAUUGUUGGUUGGUUGCUUGAAACAGGGUAAGUCGAUAUGAAAUUCUUGUAAGGAAAUGCCCUCGUUUGCCAUUUCCCUGACUUAAAUCAACUCCAUGUUUCUAGUAGUCAUUGGAUAGAUGGGAUAUGUGUCCCAAUAUCAUACCUGUCCUUUCUCCUCCUCCUUCCCAAGUUUCAGACAAGCAAUUUAAAUCGGGGCUGCGGCCUGGGAUGAGAGUCGGUGUAACCUCCUAUCUCCCAGCAGCAGAUUUAAUCCAAAUCCAUUGUUUUCAUAGUUGCUUUAUAUUGCUUUUCAAUGUUUUUAUGUUGCUGUACACUGCCCUGAUGUUUUACAGUGGUACCUCAGUUUACGAACUUAAUCCAUUCCGGAAGUAUGUUCUUAAACUAAGGUUACCAGAUUUUUUUCAAUGAAUCCAGGGACACUUAUUGUUCGCUACGUACAUGUGAAUGCUGAAAAAGCUGUAAAUCCGGGAACUGUCCCCAGGAAACGGGGACGUCUGGUAACCUUAUCUUAAACUGAAACUGUUCUUAAACCAAGGAGUGCUUUCCCUAAUGAGGCCUCCCACCGCCAGUGCCCUUCCACCAUUCAGAUUUCGUUCUUAGACCGAGGUAAAGUUCACAAACCGGGACACUACUUCCGGUUUUGCGGAGUUCAUAAACCAAAUUGUUCGAAAACAGGACUGUUCUUAAACCGAGGUACCACUGUAUAUAAAUUCUUUUAUCAGUCAAUCAAUCAGCCUAUUGACACUCCACGGCCUUUAAUGAAAGAAAAAGACAUUGGGAGAGCCAGUGAUGGAUAUCUCAUUUCAGAGAACAGAGAUUUCUAACAGAAUUCUCAGCACCCUAACCAGACUAUAAUCCCAAGGAUUCUUUGGGAAACGCCAUGUGGAAUAAAUCUAAUAUAAUUUAGUAUUUAGCAGAUACCCCUCUGCCUCUUUAGGCUAUAGCCUUGCAUUCAAACUAGGCAUGCCUAAAUGUGUCAUUAGAAACUGCAUCAGGGUUUUAAAAAUGCUUUAAUAGGCCACGGGCGAGAUUUUUAUCAGGACUUUAGUACACAGGGAGAAGUAGUUUUAACUUUUCCUCCCCAGCUGCAGUCGCAAUGAAAAUUGUCCAAGUUCUGCAAAUGGCACUGAUGGGAGCUUUUUUCCUAAAGCUGAUAAAAGUGCUGGGGGGGGUUGUCAGUGGUGCAGCAGGGGAGCAAGCAGUUAAAUCCUAUUUCCCAAAGUGCUAUGAUUCUGCUGAAAAUUGCCCCAUGUCUGGUAUUAUUAACACAGGGCUCAUCCACGGCUUGUCCCUUGCUCUAGAAAGCAUGGGUCCAAGAGGUUUUCUGCUAGUCCUGUGCUUUAAAGGCAUGUGUCCAAAUGGUUUUCCAUUUGCCCUGCUGCUUUCCCUGAGAAAACUACUCUUUACCACUGAAUUGGAGCAAACGUCUUUCCAUGGAAAAACCUUUUGACCUUUGCUGCAAUUCAGCAGUAAAGAGCAGUUUUCCUGGGGGAAAGUGACGGGACAAGCGGAAGUAUGCACAAGCCCAUAGUUUCUAAUGAUGCAUUUAAUGCCACAUCUCAUUUAGUCCUUAGUGAUUUAUGUCACUGUUAAAUAUAGAUUUGUUUUGCUGGGUUGUAGGCCGGGGCCUGUUUCUCAUUCAAGUUUGGUCACCAUUGCAUUUCUUUUAAGCUUUUGGAAGUGGAAUCCUGGGUGGCAGAGAGAGGACUGCUCCUGGAAACCCCUGAUUAUGGGAGGAAUGAAGAAUCGACUCAGGCACUGCUCCGAAAAGUGGAGGCUGCCAAGCUAGACCUGGAAGGAUUCAAACCCAGAAUGGAGAAGCUGAGGGAAACAGGAAUGCGCCUCUCAACAAGCGACAACCCAGAGAGGUAGGCGAGUCGAACUGGUUACCGAUCUUCUUCACACACAUAAAUGCAUACUGACUAUGUGAAUGACGUUUAAGGCUGUCUCUCUUUGCAAAUUGCGAAACUAUAGAAGCGGGCUAGCAGCUCAUUAAACUGAGCCGGCUCUUUGUUCUGGGUGGUAGAUCUCAAAUGAGCCAUGGAAUUCUCCCUCCCACAACAGAUAUGCACAUUUGUUUGCAUGUGCUGGUCAGCUGUUCCUAUUUAACUGAAUGGAAGCUGCUGUGCGGAGAGCAUUUCUGUGCAUAAAUCAGAAUGCACACACAAGCAGCUUUGAAUCACAGUGCAUGAAUCUUUUUAUACCAGUUAUAUGACUAUUAUUAUAGUGCCUGUGUUCCCUGUAUUCCUUUUAAAAGACCCAUAACUUGAUUUUUUUCUCUCUCUCUCCCCCUCUUCAUAAAACACAGCAACACUGCAUUAGACAAUUGUUCUAUCUCAGUUGUCUUAAAAUGCACAGACAAUGGCUUUUAAUAAUAAUUAAUUAAUUAAUUAAUUAAUUAAUUUUAUGGCAUAUGACCAUCUUUUGUAGAUUAUUAAUUCAUGCAAUACAGUCCAUGCUGUCUCUUCUGUAUCAUUGCUCUCCAAACAGUUCUUUGGGGACUUUUUAUUCUUCAAUAAGUUGUUUUUUCAAUAUCCCGUGUUAAUGAUCAUACUCUAGCAACCUUUUAAGGGAGGUUGGGGCGCAUCCCUCAUUUCAUAUUGCCUGAACUCACCAAUAAAUUUAUUUUGGUUUGCAAAAUACUACUUUUGACCUGUGUUGAAUGAGUUAGAUAGCCCAUUUCCCAUGAGCAGGAUGCCAUCACAGAAACAGAAAAGGGGCCUUUCUUCGUUGAUAUACACUGGUCUUUCGGCAUACAUAAAUUACAAAGGAUUUCAACCAAAAUGAAAGCACCUGCACUCAUUCUGCAAAUCAAUACUCUGCCUGGGAGCUGGGCAUUUAUGCUACUGGUACAGACAAUGCAUGUUUCACCUUGAUGUAUUACUAAGCUUCAGAUCAAGACUGAUACUUUCACUGGUAGUGACAGGGGCUGUGGUGGUGAAAGGUGCAGGAUACAGUAAUUGUGACGUGAAUCAGUACAGAUUUCCCCCCCUCUAAGGCUGUUAACUUUUCCCCCCUAACAGCUCCACUAUCCUUCCCAAGCUCCAGGGUGUUCUCGAAGAGUAUCUCUCUCUCCUGCAGAGAGCAGAGAGCCAGAUAAAAGCGCUGCAGGAGCAAUAUCAACUGCAUCAGUUUGAGAGGGAGACCCAGCUGGUGGACGCCUGGCUUUCGAAAAAGCAGAGCACGGCUGAAUCAGAUAACUACGGUCAGGAUUUGGAGGAUGUUAAGGUAAAACAGAUUUUAUCUCUUGCCAAGCAGGAAGACCUUGGCCAUUUUAUAGCUGCAGACAUCACUGUGUCAUUGAAAUACAUUUUAGAGACUGACAUAGCUCCAUAGAGAGCUCUGGAUGGCAUAUGCUGGUCACUUUCAAAAACUGCCCUGCCAUUUCUUUUCAGAAGUAAGUCCUAUUGACUGCAGUGGGACUUGCUCCUUGGUAAGUGGAGUUAGGGUUGCAGCCUGUGAGCAGUAACAUUUAACAUUUAUGAAAAGUAAUGGAAUAGCCAAGCUUUCAGCUGUCAUCAAACUCUUAUGUAGGUGCCAAAAAGAAAUCCCCCUUACCUCCAUGCAGCUGGACCAGAAAGAUUUGUUUAUUAAAUAUUAAUAAUAAAAUUUUAUUUAUAUCCUGCCCUCCCUAGCCAAAGCCAGGCUCAGAGCGGCUAACAGCAAUAAAAGUAAAACAGUUUACAUAAAAUCACAAUCAAUUGAUUGAAAUGCAUUCUAAAACCAAUUCAUUCUAAAAUCAAUUCAAAAUCAAAUUAAUGGCAACCAUUGGCUAGAGUUCUGUGAGGAUUACCAAAGGAGUGGGUCAGACUGUGCCUUGGCCAAAGGCCUGGUGGAACAGCUCUGUCUUGCAGGCCCUGCGGAAAGAUGUCAAGUCCCGCAGGGCCCUAGUCUCUUGUGACAGAGCGUUCCACCAGAUAGGGGCUACGGCCCUGGCUCUGGUUGAGGCCAGCCUAACCUCCCUGUAGCCCGGGAUCUCCAAGAUGUUUUUAUUUGAAGACCGUAAGGUCCUCUGUGGGACAUACCUGGAGAGGCGGUCCCGUAGGUUUAAAGUUUGUUUGCUUGUUCUUAAAUCAAGUGACUUUCCAAACUCCAGUUUACCACUUCUUUGAUAUUAUACCAAUAGUAUUGUGCUUUUGUAGGUAUUAGAGGUUCUGAAAAAGCUAGAAAUAUAAUUUAUCUCCCUAUCCUACAGAUUUUGGAGAAAAAGUUUGAAGAUUUUAUAAAGGAAGUAAGAUCUCUAGGACGUGCCAAGGUUCUUCUGAUAAAUGACUUAGCAUCUCAGCUCAAAGGAGCGUGUCACAGCCAAAUAAGUGAUAUCCAGAAAAAGACUCAACAGGUCAAUGACACAUGGGAGAGAUUGCAGCAGGCCAUCCAGAUAAGGGCGGAGGUGAGGUCCUAAACUUUCUGGUGUCUUGACUGAUUCGUUACGACACUGCUGUUAUUGAAGUGCAUUCAUACUCUAUGAGCCUAUUCAGACAUACAAUUUGCUGUGAUGAGUUAAUCAUCAUAAUCCAAUACCCUGGGCUUUUUGUGACAGUACUUGCCAAUAUGGAGUACUGUCACCUCUUUUUCUUUUUUUUCCUUUUUGCUGCCCAUGUCAGCCGUUUUGUGCUGGCACCAAUGAGUACCAGCACCUCAUUUUUUUAUUCAGAAGCUCAAAAAAGAAAAGCACUGCCAAUACCCACAAAUCACAUGGAGAAGCCCGCCCACUGUGCAUGUUUAUAAUUCCUGUAGUCAUUUCAACUACCAAUAGGGCUGCCAGUUUCAAUCAAUAAUGCAUAUCACUGAAGAGUAGAUACAACUGAUUCCUCCAUGUGGUCCUCUACAACAAGAUGGAUCUGCUUAGCAAACCAACCUAACUUCUGAAUCUCUGAGCCAGUUCCAUGACCUUUAAUUUCUUUUUUAAAAAAAAAAAAAAAAACCGAUGCAGGGGCAUGGUUUUACAUAGGAUCUAAUAUCUAGAGUAAGAGACGUGGGUGGUGCUGUGGGUUAAACCACAAAGCCUAGGACUUGCCUAUCAGAAGGUCGGCGGUUCGAAUCUCCACAAUGGAGUGAGCUCCCGUUGCUCAGUCCCUGCUCCUGCCAACCUAGCAGUUUGAAAGCACGUCAAAGUGCAAGUAGAUAAAUAGGUACCGCUCCGGCGGGAAGGUAAACGACAUUCUGGUUUGCCAGAAGCGACUUAGUCAUGCUGGCCACAUGACCCGGAAGCUGUACACCGGCUCACUUGGCCAGUAAAACAAGAUGAGCGCCGCAACCCCAGAGUCAGUCACGACUGGACCUCAUGGUCAGGGGUCCCUUUACCUUUACCUAAUAUCUAGAGUGACAUUUAAGAUUGUACCAUGCAUAGCAUUCUAGCUGCACAAGUCAGUUUUCCUGUUUUCAUGUCUGCUGCAAUACUGUGACCGUAAGGCUGGCAUUGCUAACAUAUCUUUCCCUUCAUCAGAAUCUCAGAGCUGCUCAUGAGGUUCACCAAUAUGACCGUGAUGUGGAUGACCUAAAGGGUUGGAUGCAGGAGAAAGAGGCGGUUGUGGAUAGAGAUGAUUAUGGCUAUGACCUGCCAGGUGUGCAGACCCUCCUCAGCCAACAUGAGGGACUCGAGGUAAGUGGAAUGGACCACCUUGAAAAAACGACAUCAAGGAUAGCCAAUAUGGUGGCCUCCAGAUGUUGUUGGAGUCCCAUCAGCUCUCUCAAAUCCCAGCCAUUGUGGCCAGUGAUCAGGCACGGUGGGACAACAUCUGGAGAGCACCACAUUGGCUACCCCUGAGCUGGCUGCAUGAUGAAUGAAAUCAAAAGAUCCUGCAUUUUCCUUUGCAGAGGUUCCAGCUCUUGUACUCUUGUUGUUCGUUCCCUUCCAGAAAUAAGUCCUUAUUUCACUUUUACAGAAAACACUUCACUACUAUGGAUGGACAAAAGCAGUUUCUAUUUGGUCCAUGUCAGUUUUCUUUGUUGGUUCAUAAGUUUGUUCUGUCCCAUUUCUGCAUUAUUCUUUGGGGGACAGUUGUUAAACUGCAUGAAGAUUUGGAUUUUGUGUGCAUGUUUUAGUUUGAAGUACACAUUUUUGUGCACAAUCUGGCUUUUUUAAAAAUAAAAAAUCAUUUUAACCCCACUCCUAAAGUUGUAUUUAAUGACUAGCUGGGAUGGAAACUAUUCGGAUAGCCUAAUGGAAUGGGCUGCUGGGAGACACUGCAGGGAAGGCCACAGGCAGAUGGUCUCACUACAGAGGUGAUUGAAUAGCCUCACUUCCCUUCUCUGCUCUUAAUCAACGACCUGAUACUCUGUAGCUUUUUUGGGCUGAGAGCUGUUUUUCAAAAUUUGAAGAAGUAGAAAAAAGCAAAUGAGAACUGCUCUUUGAUCUGUAAAUUAGUAUGAGAACUGCAAAUCAGGCUAGUUUGUUUCAAAAAUGUGGACUGAACAAAAUCCUUGAACACAUUAACUACACGUUCAGGCUGGUCUCUGAGCUUACGGGCCACCUAAAUUUAGAGUUGCAGGCCCACAUCUGCCUAGAAUUCAUGCAAUUCCCCUUAAGCCAAGUUAAUUGGGGGCGAUAUUUGUGAGACAAAAAGGUAAUUUGCACAUUUCCACCAACUUUUUUUAUUUUUAGAAUUCAGAACUUCUCUAGGUUCACUCCACUUUAUAAAGAAUUCAUAUGCAGUUAUGAAAUAAAUAAAUAAAUAAAUAAAUAAGAGAAACCAUAUCCUGCAGACUUCAGUUAACUUCCCUUGCUGUGUUCCAGAGGGAAUUAGCCGUCAUUGCAAAAGAGCUGGAAAGGAUCAGGGGGGAGGCCUGGCGUCUUGGCCGCCUAUACCCUCAGCCCAGGAGCAACAUGAUGAAAAGACUAGCAGAGGCAGAUGAGUGCUGGGAGCUACUGGACAAGAAGUGUCUGGAGAGAAAGCAGAAGCUGCAGCAGGCAGAACAUGUUCAGAUCUACUUCAAUGACUGCAGAGAACUAAUGUACGUACAAGCUGAACAAAUGCACAGUAUGAAGAUCCCUGGAUGUGUUAAAGCAAUAAAGGUGGAACAUUGGCACCGUAAAAUCAGUUUAUGUCAAUGGGACCAAUAUGCGAUUGUAACAGAGCAGUUUGUGUGUGUACUUAAUUUAAAAUAUACAUGCUGUUUUUCCAGCAACAAAAUAGAGUCGAUGGGAAGGCCAGGGGUGGCAUGGGGGGUUUCCAGGUUUUUCCAAAGCUUUUUGGGGGGGGAAUAGGGGGGGAGUGUGUGGAAUAUUCAAACUAUAUUGAACUGUUUGGUUUUUUUCAAAAAAAAAAAUUAAACAGCUUUGUGGGAAAAGAGAAAAAAAGGGGGGACUGGGUCCCCCCCCCCAAUUUUUCUGGGUUUAUUCCAGACCUUCCCAUAUGAAAUUGUUAGAAACAACAUAGAUAACCGUUUCAACAAUAAAAAAUGCAAUCCAUCAGAAAAACAAAGACAAACAAAUAAAUAACAUGUAAGGUCCCUGCAGCCUGGAUGCAGGCAAAUGCUGUCCCCAUCUUUAAAAAAGGGGGGGAGAGAAGACCCAGGUAACUACCAGUCAGUCAGUUUGACACUGAUACCAGGAAAGGUGCUAGAACAUUUUAGCACCAUUCCGAGCUCUGAGAAUUGUUUGGAUGCACUUUAAGUACAAUAGAAAGCUAUUGUGUGUGCACUAAUGUUGUGAAUGAAAAAACUUCCACCUGCCCUUUGAAUGAGUGGAAUCCCUUCCACUUUUAUUCGUGGCGAAAAUAUUGGUGCUCAGAGCCUCCCUUUUGGUUAACUCCUUUAGGGCCUGGUCCAAGGAAAUGCAAGCCCUGAUUAUAUCUGAGGAACUGGCCAAUGAUCUUCUUGGUGCCGAGCUGCUUAUUAAACGCCAUGAGGAACACAAGCGUGAUAUAGAGAUGCGAUGGCUGAAAUACGAAGACUUGGAACAAGCCGGAAACAACCUAUUGAAGGCUGGGCACUUUAUGUCCAUAGAGGUAAGCCAGUGUGGUGGUUAAGAGCGGUAGUCUCGUAAUCUGGGGAACCCGGUUCGCUUCUCCGCUCCUCCACAUGCAGCUGCUGGGUGACCUUGGGCUAGUCACACUUCUUUGAAGUCUCUCAGCCCCACUCACCUCACAGAGUGUUUGUUGUGGGGGAGGAAGGGAAAGGAGAAUGUUAGCUGCUUUGAGACUCCUUAGGGUAGUGAUAAAGCGGGAUAUUGAAUCCAAACUCUUCUUCUUCUUCUUCUUCUUCUUCAUGGGUUAGAUAUUAUUGAAUGAACUGACUGAGAAGAAAUUAGUUAGGAACAGCAACUCGGGAUACUGAAAAGGGCCAAGUUACACAUACAGUAGUACCUCGGGUUAAGUACUUAAUUCGUUCCAGAGGUCCGUUCUUAACCUGAAACUGUUCUUAACCUGAAGCACCACUUUAGCUAAUGGGGCCUCCUGCUGCUGCCGCGCCGCCAGAGCACGAUUUCUGUUCUCAUCCUGAAGCAAAGUUCUUAACCUGAAGCACUAUUUCUGGGUUAGCGGAGUCUGUAACCUGAAGCGUAUGUAACCUGAGGUACCACUGUAAUGUGGCCCAUCUCUCAAAUGGUUUGAGCAGGCUGCAUGAUCAAAAACCCUAUCCCAUAGUCUUGUCUCCGGAAUGAAUUCUCCCUCUCAUCCAGGAGCCCAUGUUACCCAGACCAGCAAAGUUGCUAUGCCAGGUACCUUCAAACCACCCCUUCCAUCAAGGGGAAAUAUUUUGUCCUCAACCUCCUGCUGUGCCUCCCAAACACAGCUGAGACAUAACUAGAUGUUUUAAACAGCAUAGCUAACAACUGUGUCCAGUUUGGGUUUUUUACAAAUGCAGUACUAAGUGCAGGAAUACCGAUUUUCAUCAGGACCUCAGGGCUUCCAUCCUCAACCACAAAUGUGAUUAAAAAAUACCCUCCAUGCUGCAAUUAGCCUGGAAGGAGACUCUCUUUAGCACUAAUUUGCUUCAGGACUACCUCAAAGAGAUUUUUUAAACGUAGUUUGCCAAUGAGAUCUAAAAUUACUACAGCAAAUCUUGCUCUUGUGCUUUCUACAUGAUGUGGAUGUAUGUACUUUGGAGUUGGCAGCCUCAGCCACACAACAUGGAAGAGCCAACUUCAAGUUUAUUCUCAGCAACAGCAGCUCCCAGAGUGAACUUGAACACAUAUCACUAUCUGCAAGCAUUCCCUUCUGUUUGGGGUUAUUGCAAGGAGGAUAAAAUAUGGAUGUGGGGGGUAAGGUUCUCUUGACUUAGGCGUGACUUCAAAAAGAAAUAAAAACUAAAUUAGUAAAUCUCCGAUCUUAUGAUCUAAAAGCAUAAGCUGUGUUGAGCAGAGCAGAAGUGCAACCUGAUAUGGAGCAAACAGGUCGGAUUUAAGGGCCUUGGGGGCUUCCUCAGACAUGUGGUCCUUUUUCAGACUAUUAGGAAAGGGGGGAGAGGAGAGAGCUUCAUUUGAAAAGCACCCCACGGUCUUGAUAUCUAUGUAACUUCAUACACUGACCUUUACAAUGAUACUCGACUUGCCUUGUGUAUAAUUUGUAAGGAGAUCUGCAGAUCAUGGGGGUAAGAACAUCUUCAGAAUUUGUUAAAAGAUCCUGUUGCUCUUAUGGACGUCACUUUACAUACUUUGAGAAACCCCACUGUGUUUCUGUUUCUGUUUCGAAAAUAAAAAUAAAUGCUACUCGCAGAGCAGGAGAACAGAUGGGCUUGUCUUGUCCAACCAGCAAACCUGAAAGUGCAUGGCAGGCCUAGGAGAAAGCAUUCUUUGUAAAGAGGAUAGCUUGGGCAGCUUGUGUGCCUAAGGUUUUUUUUUUACUGCAUGCAGUGGUGUGUGUUCCAGGUACAUGCAGUUUCACUGAAAAAAUUGCUAUGUUUGAAAUUUGUCUGGAUGAGUAAAGGUGCCCAAAGUCUGUUUUACAGACUUUGUAAAGCAAGGGUGGCUCUCCAGGUGUUGUAGGGAUAUAACUCCCAUCAUUCUUGCUCCUCUUGAAUCCAUUUUCAUUUUUAAUAGCGUAAUCCUGCUAAUAAGAACAAUGGCAACACUCAAGCAGACAUUUUAACUGGAACCUUUGCGGUGGUGUUUUUUGACAAUACAGAUGUUUUAUCUUUCCAAUAUCUACUGAUAUUUGGUUGAUUCAUUUGUUUAAAUUUAUCAUUUUUUAUAAGUAACUUUCUGUGGUUUUGCAAAAUACAAAACCAUACUUUCCAAAUGGACACAAGGGGAGGUCAUAUAUUCAGUCCACCUUGUGAAUGCCAAAUAAAAAUGUUCAGUUCCUUUAUCUUCCUCCAUCCUUCCUUCAAUUUAAAUCUUGGGAAUUGUGAAUUGUUCCCUGUUUAGGGAAGUUUUAAAUAUUUGAUAUUUUACUGUGUUUUUAAUAUCCUGUUAUAAGCCACUCAGAGUGGCUGGGGGGGGCUGGCCAGAUGGGGAGGGUAUAAGUAAUAUAUUGUUGUUGUUGUUGUUGUUGUUGUUGUUGUUGUUGUUAAUUACUACUAUUACUGCAGAUUGAAGAGAAGCUCUCAGAACUGUUGGAGCUAAUGAGAAUGGUGCGGGAAUGCUGGGACAUGAAGAAGGAUUUGUACGAGGAAAACUGGGAGAUCCAGUUACUGAGAAGAGAGCUGGACCUAGCUGAAGCUUGGAUGACAACCAAGGAGGGUUUUCUGUCAGAUCCUAGCUAUGGGGUGAGUUAGGUUAACAUAAACUUAAAUGCUGACAUGCUUUUCUGGAUACACAGCCUGCUUAGCAUAGCACAAGGCAAUUGCUAGGCUAAUUCCCAGCACAGGGGGGGGGGUCUACUCCAGCUCCCUGUGCAAAUGUUUCUGCUCCCUACAAAUGCUAAAAAGAAAAAGUGCCGUGUGUGUGUGUGUGUACACGCGCAUGCAUAUUGCACUGUGCGGUCACCAUGUCCUCUGCUGGCAUGUGGUCCAUGGUCAAGACUGAAUGUGACCCAUAGACCACAAACGGUUUGCCACCCCUGUCCUACAGCAGGAAAAACACCUUUGGAAUCAGUGGCGGAGCUUCAUGGGGGGGCAGAGAACGGGUGUGGGCGGGGCUGGUGUGUGUCCCAGGGCGUGGCGCCCAGCGCGGGCAGAGGAGCAGCCAUGAUGGCACCCCACAGGAAUCGUGCUGCCGGGGGCGGUGCACUCCCCCUGCACUCCUCUUCCUCUGCCAGUGUUUGGAAUAUAUCAUGGCACAGGGCUUCAGCUUAUGAGUAUGUUGCACAAUACUCAUUGCAACAGAUCUGUUGCAUAAUACUUAGUACAACGGAAACUGUGAUUGUAGACAAUGACUGACUCUUCCGGCCACAUGGCAUGAGCAAAUGCCCAAAUAUUAUUGCCUCCAAAAUGUUCAAGAUCAAGAUGCAGCCCCUUUAAUGAGGAAACUUAAAAUGUCACACGAGCCUCGUCAAUUUCAAAUGAAGCUUUAUUCCCUCGACCAACUUUGAACAAUUUCAGCCUCUUCCGUUUCCCAUCAUUGCCAACACUUCUCUCGUGGUAUUUCUGUAUCAAAUGGUCGCCUCUGUUGAUUUGCUCCCAUCCCCAGCAUUCAGUCUCUGAUGUGGAGAACCUCUUGAAGAAACAUCAAGAUUUUGAAAAAAUUCUAAAGGCCCAAGAGGAGAAAUUUGCGCAGCUGAACAGAAAGACAAAGGUAAUGUAACAGAAGCUGGUGAAUGCUUCCUGGGGCAGGCCAGGUUGCACAAAGGCAAAUGAUAUCAAUACCUCUCAUUAUCUUUCCCAAUAAAGAGUGGGACCCUGUGGUUUCGCAGCUGAGUUUCUUGUUAAGAUGGAUAGCCCUAGAUAUUCUCUGCCUUUCCCCAGGUGUAUAUAACAGCCAAGGAAGGUCAGGGCAGAAAAGGGUGAAUUGAAAGAGAAAACAUGGUGAGGAAAUGCAGCUGCUGCCAAACACCUUGCUGGGAUUUUCCUGCUUUCUCUUUUGUAGUUUCCCAAAUAAAAUAUAGGUACACAAAAGCGUAUAUUGGAGGAAAGUGUAUUUAAAAGUACGUUUAGUGAAAGCAUACCAAAAGGUGUUAUAUGAGGGGGAAAUUGCUUACAAAUGUGAUAAUAUAUUAGGAGAAGGGCAUGCAGACAAAUUAUACUGUGAACAUUAUUUUUUUAAAAGGUGCAAACUAAUGUGGCAAUGGAGCAAAUGAGAAACCAAAAUUGACAGAUUUAUGUAACACACCCAUAUACCUGCCCAAAUUAUAGCCUGAUCUUGCUGGUUUCACCUCAAAUUUAGUAGUAUCUGUGGCAGGUAUGUCCAUGGCUCACAACUACUUGUUUUUUUACUUCAUUUUCAUUCAGGUACACUUUUUGUUUCUUUCAGAGGGAACUGAAACUACUGAAACAAAUUGAUGCUAAGGAGAGUGGGCAACGAGAGAAAGGGAAAGUGAUCAAGGUUCCCUCUCUAAGAAGAAGACAUUCAGACAGGAGAACAUCUCACACGAAACAUCUUGAUCCGAAGCGAACUCAACCAUUGCCAUCUAUUUCUUCGACAGACACAUUAAAGAUUCCCCUAGAAUGUGGUGUGUCUCCUACGCAAAAGUCCAAAGAGAAUUUGCACAAAUGUGGCCUUGGAGAAGAUCUAAUGUUGACCGACUCCAACAAUGUCAGUUCUCCUCCUUCACCAGUGUCGCUUAGCCUACAAAAUUCAGAUUUAGGAACUCAGACUUCUUUGGUGUCCUCGUUACCCUCUAACCUAAAAAUCCAGCCAACCGACGGUGAUUUGGUGGUACCACACGCUAGUGAUUUCAAACCAUCAAAUAUGAAAAACACAAACGAUGGCACUCUCUCUGAUGUAGAAACCAAAAAAGUGAGGACUGUGCCCACAAGUGAAUCAUUUGACAUUUAUCCAACUUUGCCAUCCUUGGAUUUACCUCCUCAGAGAUCAGAAACUGCUUUUCAGGUAGGUUGCCAUUUAUCUGCGCCCACGGCAACCCCUACACUAAAUGAAAGCUACAUAAAUCUAUUUCUUUUUUCUAUGUUAGAAAUUAAAGGGUUAGGGGGGAUACUGGACACACCAAAUACUCACUGGCAGCUGAUAACUCUGCAAUACGUGAAGUGGCCCUUAACUAUGGGAUAUUAAUUAGUGCUAUAAUCAAGCAUUCUUCCAACCAAUUUAAGAUCUCUGAAAUUGCCUUGUGGAUUCCAGGUUCCUGCAAAUCAGCAGAGCAUGGAGGGUUUCCUAGAAAAGAGGGAUCAGAUUCUUCCAGGAAGAAAACAGGUAACCACAAGUUAAACUGCCAAGGGAAAGAUGAGAUAAUAUAUAAACAGAACAGGCUCACUAAAGGCAAAGCAUGUUAGCCUAAUCUUCUUUCCCAUUUUGAGGUGAUUGUAACAGGGAUUCUUGGGUGGGGUGGAGGGAAUCAAGAAAACUCUUGAUAUAAUGCCUGUGGAAUUACCCUUGCUAAUCCCCAUACACCUAUCCCUUCCUGAGAUUUCCCCUCCUUGCUCAUUUUUUCUUAUUCCAUGGGCAGAAGGAUUUUGCAUCAGGACUUUUUCUCUCCUCCCCAACAGUCCCUAAAUCUUCUCCAGAAGGUUGGGAGAAACCCCAGAACAGAUGUUGGGGGCACGCAGAGCGGGGAGGGGAGUCCAAUUGUGCAAUCAAAAAUCAUUCUGCUGGUGCGAUUGUUUAGUUGAAUACUGCUCCACCCAUCUUUUACCCAACCUUUCCACAUCCCAUCUUCCCCCCUUUGCCUACAUCCUAAGUAGCCUCAUCGCAUUAGAUUCACAUCACAUUGAUUGGUUCACAUGACAUUGAUACAGCUAGUUCCAAAAAAAUCCCAUUGAUUUUGUUUCAUUCUCUUACUUACCCUUUUCACGCUGAUGCAUUUUAAAGCUCAGAGAGGAUUAAAAUACUUCAGAUUUUUAACACAUUUGGAAAUCUCACCUUUGCCCAUGUUAAUUACUAUAUGUUUAAUAAUUUGUGGAGAAGCUUGGCCCUUACAACCAGGAAAGGGAAUCUGCAGCCUUCCAGAUGUUGGAUUCCAACUUCCAUCAGGCCUAGUCAGCACGUCCAAUAGUUAAGAACGAUGGAGGAUGGAGUCCAACAACAUCUGGAAGGCCACAGGUUCCGCCAUCCCUGCCUUACAAGACUCUCUCCCUGAACUGUAUAGCUCAGCUAUUGCAAAGCGUAUCCUACUAUCCAGCUGCAUGGUUGAGGCUAAAAACAAAACACUGUACAAUACAUUAGAUGAAUGUAAUCAGAGUAAAAGCAAACCAUGAAGUGAUGAAUAACCCCCAGUGAUUCAGUAAUAAGCAGCACAGUUGAUGUUUAGAGGUAAUAGGUGUUUUAUGACUUAGUUUUAUGACUUUUGUAGCCAAUGUCCAGAGCUUGGAACAGAUAUUACGUUAAACUUGGAAGACAAAAACUUGACAUCUACAGGGAUGAAAAGGAAGCAUUCCAGGUAAUUUGUGUUUCCAUAUUUCAGUUCUUAUUAAAGACUGUGUUAUUAUUAGUAGUAUUUGGUAUUUUAUGCACUACAUACAUGUCAAAAUGUCUUCUAAUUCACACACACACAAAUGCUGAAAACCCACAUUCCUGGCAAAGAAAUAUUGAGCAAUAGAAAUCUGCCUUGAAGGUGAGGUAGUCUUCAUCUUUGGUAUAUUAGCUGUACACAGUUGUAGAUGAAUAUAUCCUAGGGCAGCAAGAUUCAGAAAUCUGUCCCUUUAAAAAUAGGAGCUGGGUCGUGACCCCAACAAUGUUCAGUAUUGUAAGUGAUGAUCCAUGGUACAGACAGACAGACAGAGCCAGUAAGGUUAUGAUACUUGGUCAUUUGUUAGUGCAGAGAAACAUGAUAUUGGCAUAUAACCCUACAGUAAUGGCUUUCAAACUUUCUGCUGUUAAUGUUCCCUUCCAUAUCAGUUUAUAUGGCAAUACACUCCUUUCUGCUAAAGUAGGUUCUGUGGCAUAUUCAGGAUUAGUCCACCUGAAGCUUUAGCCAUGCCUCACUGUCUCUCCACAUAUAUGAAGAACAAGCCCUGGGAGGUACCAGAUGCUCCCCUGCACAUCACAAAGGAACACUGAGGGCUUAUUGACACUUCCUCUUGCCCCUCUGCUUUCCCUCAGGGAAAACUGCUCUUUAGUGCUCCAUAGGACCUAAUGUCAAUGUGGGUUUCUCCAUAUUUGUGUUUGCCCCUAUUUAGAGUUAAAGAGCAGGUUUUCCUAGGAAAGGAACAGAACAAGGGGAAACCCACUCAGACCCAUGCCAAGAAAGCAUGGGUCAAGCAGGAAAUCACUUGGACCAUGCUUUCUAGGUACAGGACAAGGGGAAGUGUGGAUAAACCCUCAUAGUGAAUGAUGAGCAGUUUUUCAAGGAAACUUUUCCUGCAUUAUUGACACCCCAGCUAUACAGGAUGAGUAAGUGUUUAAACCAGAAAAAAUAGGAUUGAAAGUCUUUGGUUAUCAUCUCUUCUUCUGCCUUGCCAGAAUACAACUCCAAUUUCAUCACUUAGUAUUGCUGGAGCCAAGUGUGAGAAGUUGACGGAGUAUUCUAGGAAAGAACACGCCUUCAGCCUAAGGUACAUCAAGUCGGUGAUGCAAAGAUCCAAGUUUGGGGCAAGUACUCGUUGGUGAGAGAACCCCAGAAAAUCACAAAACAUGUGGCAAAGUAAAGCAAGGAAAUAUAGGCUGUUAGACUUUUAAAAUCUCCCCUUCUAAGUUCCUCCCAAAGUUCCCCAUUUCUCCUAGCAAAGAAAAAGACCACAUGUUUGGUACGUUAAAAAUUGUUUACUUACAAAUUCUCCAAAGGUCAAAUUCAUUAGCUUUUCCAUACAUCAUUCAGGAAAAGUUGCACAGGCAGUAAAACUUGACUUAAGAACUUUCAUCACUGUAACUGUUAUUGAUUCCUCUUCUCUCAAGGUGAGAGGGAGUGACCUCGCUAAGCCUGACAGGACAGUUAGCUCCUUCAUGUUUGUUAAAUGAGGUUGGUUAUCCCACACAUCACACACCCAAUCUAAAACAUGCAUCUCUGUGUCUAGACUCAUUUGAAUGUCGUUUCCUUUAUCCCAACGAAACUACAGAAAUUAGUGAUCUUUUUGUAUCAUUACAUAUUAGUCGUCCUUUUUGUUGUCUGUAUCCUUAACUUUAUCUCAAAAGAAAAACCCAACUGAAAACAAAAGAAGAGAAUUCUGGGUUUUCCUAUACAUAACUUAUUGGGAAAGGCUACCCCAGAACUCAGUCCUUCUUUAAUCUGUGACUUACAGGUUGAGUGAUGGAUCAGAGUACUACUUCGCAGCACCUUCUCAGAAGCUAAUGGAAGACUGGGUGCAAGCAUUAUGGACUACAUUAGGUAAGGCUGUUUGAUUCAUUUUAUGCAGCAUUUUCCUAUUUCUGCCCAUGUGACAUUCCCACAAGAUGCCUCAACAGAGGUGCAUAAUUAGACAAGCAAAAGACACACAUACUGAAGUACCCCAGAUACAGCAUAGAAAGCUGCCUUAUACCAAAUCAAACCAUUGGUCUAUCCAGCUCAAAGAGCAGAAGCUUUACUGACUGAAGAUAAGAAGAACAACAGUUUGGAUUUGAUAUCCUGCUUUUAUCACUACCCUAAGGAGUCUCAAAGCGGCUAACAUUCUCCUUUCCCUUCCUCCCCCACAACAAACACUCUGUGAGGUGAGUGAGGCUGAGAAACUUCAGAGAAGUGCGACUAGCCCAAGGUCACCCAGCAGCUGCAUGUGGAGGAGCGGAGACGCGAACCCGGUUCACCAGAUUACGAGACUCUUAAUCACUACACCACACUGGAUAAGGGCUGUAGCUCAGGAGCAAUAUUGUGUUUAAAAACUAAUCCUUCUUAUUAAUUGUCUUUCAUCCAUAUUAUGUAUUUUUUACUUGGGUUCUACAAGGCCGCCAUAACAGCCUGCGUUCUCUGCGGAAUGAACUUCUAGCCACUACAAAUGCAACGAGGCCUCAGAUAAAACCUUGGAUCCCUGCAGCUGGGAGUUCUGCCAACAAGGAGAUUACCAAAAGUCUGCUUCUCAGGUACACACUGAUUUUGUAUAUGUCGGGUCAAAUGUUACUUAUCCGUUAUCUUUGUAAAGACUGCAGUAACCUAAGUAACAUAGAUUGUCUUUUACGGCAUAGAUAUGCCUCUGCAUCUUAUAAACACUUCUAUUAGAAAUGAAGCCAAUACGUAGGGGUCAUCCAGACUUCAUUUUGUGCCACAUUUCUGGGCCCAGGUCCAUGCUUUAAAGUGCCACAUUUCAGCACUCCCCCCCCCAGUACUUUCACUGCAAAAGUCCACUCUCUUCCACUGAAUCAGAGCAAACGGCAAUCUGCUGAAAAUCUGAAUUGCUGUUUGUUCUGAUUCUUGUUUUCACAGGGAAAGCACUGGGGCAAAAACAAAACAAAACAGACAGCGCUUUAAAGCGCAGACCUGUGCCUAGAAAACGCGGGACAAAAGAUAAGUAUGGACGGGCUUGUUGCUGGAAAUCAUGUGGUGGAAAUUAUUAGGAUCAGAAAUGCCAGUGUCUUAAAACCAGCACUUACUUCUGCCAAAUAUCUCACUGAAAUCUCUACCCAUUCUUUCUCUGGAUCAGGCCAUCCCCUGCAUGACACCUCCACAGGACUUCCGACAAAAUGAUUGAUGGUUCUUUGUUUUGUUUCUUGCCCUUAAUAUAUUUACAGUUAAGGGUGUGAUAUACUGUAAUUAAUUUAAACUUGUAUUUGUUAUCUAAGUUUUCAGCAGAGGAAAGCUAAUAUCUGUUUAAUACUGUUUGUUGAUAGGAGAACACCUUCCUUCAAAGUUGCAAAAGAAAAAAAACCUGUUGGAAAUCCCCAGGAAUCAGGAGAAUUGACACAGGAAUUUAGUAUAAUCUUUGCUCAGGAUUCUGAAGAUUCUGGUAAUACUGGAACAUUUUUUCUUUUAUUAAAAAUAUAAAAAUACACCUAAGAGGGGGAAACUACAUAAUAUAGAAAUGAAAACAUGCUGUGUAAUGUUGUUGUUGUUGUUGUUGUAUGUUUCUUUGUUUGUUUGUUUGUUUGUUUGUUUGUUUAUAUAUUUUUCCCUGACAGGAACUCAGGGCAGCUAACAUAUAAAAAUACACCAUAUUCUUCUGCCAUAUAGUAUAAUCCAGUUUACUAAUCUAAUAUUUUAAUGAUAUUUUGGCCAUUGACCAUAGCAAUAUGCAAAAUUCUUACCAGUCAAGUGCACAGAUUAAUUGCUUUCUUCAUGGUACAUACGUAAAUUUGAUACAGACCUCCUCUUGCUUCCAUAAACAGAAUUAAAAGCAUUAUUAUUAAUCUAUUAUCAGUUCUCAUCUCUUCUUUCAUUAUGAAAACAUUCAAGGUGGUGGAGAGUAAUAGAGGUGUGGGAUAAAUGAUUCAUUCAAUUAGGAGAUGAGAACUGUACUUUAUCUAGGUCAGGCCUCCCCAAUUUAUAACCCACUUUGGUGAACAGAGCUCAUCAGACGCAUACUGUAGCCUGCUAGAGCAGACCUUUCCAAACUGUGUGUCGCAACAUUCGUGAGUCAUCUGCAGGGUAUAAGUGUAUUGCAUGAACGCUCCCCGUGCUCCUUGCGGGACUGGAAAAGGGUUAGUUUAACCUCUGGUUUGCUAGUAAAACUGAGUUACUGUCUUGUGAAAUGAUGCAUGUCUAAAAAGUGUGUCAUCAACAUGAAAAGUUUGGAAAGCUCUGUGCUAGAGGCUUGAUAACCUUCCAGCAGGCCCAAGUCAACAGAUUUUUUCAAGUCCUUAUUUGUGACUUGAAUAAAUCAAUAGUGAUCUAUAAAUAUUUCUAGAGUUUUGAUGGUAGCUUUACUCAGCCAGAGGACCAUUAAAGGUAAAGGAUCCCUGACCGUUAAGUCCAGUCACGAACGACUCUGAGGUUGCGGUGCUUAUCUCACUUUACUGGCCGAGGGAGCCAACAUUUGCCCACAGUUUUUCCAUGUCACGUGGCCAGCAUGACUAAGCCGCUUCUGGCGAAACCAGAGCAGUGCAUGGAAACGCCGUUUACCUUCCCGCCGGAGCUGUACCUAUUUAUCUACUUGCACUUUGACUUGCUUUCAAACUGCUAGGUUGACAGGAGCUGGGACCGAGCAACAGGAGCUCACCCCGUCACGGGGAUUCGAACCACUGACCUUCCAAUCGGCAAGCCCUAGGCUCAGUGGUUUAGACCACAGCACCACCCGCGUCCUACAGGACCAUUAAAGAUGUGCUAAUAACUCAUUUCAGAUGCUUCUUCCGUGCACUCCGUGGAGUCUGAUCCAGUAACACUGUUGAUGUCCAGUCUAUCAGAGCACCCUCAAAGCUAUCAUAAAGCACAGCCUUAUCCUAAUGGAGGAAAGACAGGAACUCUGGAUCAAGGAGUACAAGGUAAAGUUUAACUGCAGUUAGGCAAAAGGGGGCAAUUUUCUGGGUAACUUGAGAUACAAUUUUACAAUUCAUAAACAUCAGCUUGAAGGGGCGGUUGCACUCAUUUUGUGCAUAUGUUAAUUUCAAUUUAACACAUUUAAACACACAUCCACCCUCCAUCUCUGUUUUAUCCCUGAGGAGGUGUGGAAUGUAUCAACUAAGAAAAUGAUAUAGUCCAUGGGAAAUGUUGGUUAAAAUGUGAGAUUAUAAAUUAGGAGGAAUCGAGUGGAAAAACAGGGUUGGCUAGGAAAUAUAUCAAAUUCUUAGGGGGUUGGAAUAAUGAACUGAGGAAUCUGCUCCAAUUACACGCCUCUGUGUGAAAUUCCUCCUUGUUCUCAUUACAUAUUUGGCCUUUCCCCAAAACUUAAAUUCCUACAUUGGGGAUGUAUGUCAAACACAGACAAAUCACCCGCCAACUGAGCCUGCAAGGCAUUCUGUAAAGCAGCUCUGUAAAAUGCUGUGUCAGUUCCAAAACAACCACUCCUAAAUCACCAGAAUAGGAGCCAAGUUGAUUUAGCAGAUGCUGUAGUAUAAGGCCUGAUAGCCCCUUAGUUUUUUUACCAUUAUAAAUUCUGCUUCUGCUCCUUGAGUAGUGGCAACCCAGGGAGAUCAGACAUAGAAUUUGGCGCAGGGUGUCACAUUGAUGGGUGGUUAUUUUUCCAGGAGUGCAUCAUGACAGCUUUUUAGUGUGAUGGGGAAAGGUAAUAGCUCAGUCGUAUUUUUGCACUGGUAAGGAGCCCAGGUUCGGUCCCUAGCAUAGUCAGGUAAGCCUGAGAAAAAAUCCCUUGUCUGAAACCAUGGAGAGCUACUGUCAGUCUCUGUAGGCAACAUGGAGAUGGCUAUUGGCUCAGUUAGAAUACAAGGAUCCUGAGCAGCACGAGAUUUUUAAGAUCUCAGGUAGAAGAAUUUCCCUUUUCCAUUAGGAGGCCUUUUUGGUUGCACCAUUGCCUAAUAAAGGGUAGUUCCCCAGCAAUAUAUAAUAAGGCCAUCUCUGCAGUUGCACCCUGGUUUGAAAUAUGCUUCCUCCUGAGGUUAGGCAGGUGCUGACAAUGGUUAGUUUUUCAGGAGCCAAAGCUGAACCAAAAACUGAAGUAACCAAGAGCCUAGACACUCUGCAGAACCCAGGGAGAACAGAGCCAGAGAUUGAUGUCACAAAGCAGAAGAAAAAGAAAGAGAAGAAUGUCUUCAAAAAGCUUUUUAGCAAGAAAUAAGAGCAGCAAAUGGAAGCGAGUGCUGCAGUUCUGUGGAUGUGCUGGGUUCUUCUUUUGACUACACCCUAUUGCCUUCACUAAGUAAAUAAAACAACAAAACAGUGCCACUGUCAAUAAUUCAGCACCAAUAUAUUUUAGACUGUAAACCGUAUGGAUUGAAAAGCCAUAAAAGUGACUGUAGACUGGCUGCUCUCAGCAUACUUAUUUUUUUAGAGGGAAGUACUGCUAGAAAGUACUUAAGCCUCCUUCACAUAUUAAGCAUGUGAAAGGGUCUUUGCGACUACAAAGAGCCUCUCCCCACUGCUGGCCCAUCCCCUUACAUUAGGCUGUCACCAUCAAUGGGUUGUGCAUUAAAAAUGCACUAUAGUAAGAGAAAAGGAUGAAACUGUUUGCGUUCCUUCAUUUUAAUGUUUAGAAACUGCUUUCCAGAGAGAACUCGGUUUUAGAUAAUACAUAGAAUACCAAAUUUUAUACUGAUGUUUCUCUAGUUUUAAACUAAUGGAAAACAAUUUUUCAUAUACCGUACCUCUUUAAAUAAAACUGACCCCACACGAAGAUUUACUGUUGCAACUGUUUUAUUAUGAAGUUAUAGUCACCACAUAGUAGCUGCAUUUAUUUUUUGUUCUUCCUGAGAUACUCUUAAAGCAAAAAUAAUAAAUUCCUGAGUUCCUUCCUAGUACACUACAGCUACUUCUAUUCAUUUUGCCUUUAUUAAAUGUGGCCAUGCUUUAUUUAAAACACACCAAAAUGUUUAACUUUGACUGCUUUAGAACAAAAUUGGUCAUACUUUGUCUCUCAAGUCCCUGUUCUUUAUAUUUCAAAUUUCUUGACAAGAUGAUGAAAAUAUACCAUUUCUGAGUGGUCUUGCUUUUAUAUGAGAGAUGCAAAUACUUUUGAACCAGAUUCUGAAACAGUAUAAAUCAUAUUACCCCAAAUAAUUUCUGAAGAGUGGAUAUAAUUUGCUCCAGCUGAAGAUCUGGUUUUUAAUACUUAAUGUUCUGUGGAGACAAAAUUCUUCUGACACUAUUUAAGGCUCUGACAUGCCUACCCUCAGGUUUAUGGUAACAUCUUCCAGAGCAUUCAUAAGCAACGGAAACCAGCUUUUUACAGGGUAUGUUCAAUUUACAGCAAACAAGGUGAAGGCUUCCAUUUUAACUAUACAACAUAACUGUUUGCCAUUGCAUCCCCCAGAAGGUUUUGCAUGCAAAGAUACAAUCACCAACUGUGCACUGCUUGUGUGUAAGAGGUUGCCUCACCAAAGAACCAGGCAUGUGGAAUCAGGGCACCUGACAUCACAAUUCAUAUAGAGGCUUUGCUGAUCUCUGCCAGUCCAAAUAGCAAUAUUAUAGUGCCAAUCUAUUUUUAAAAAUACUACCAUUGGUAGAAUCAGCUGCCUCAAAGCACCAAAAGAGCAACAUUUAUUCAUUGAGUCAGAUUAGCAGUUCAUCUAUCUAGCCUAACACUGUGAAUGCUGACCACAGCAUGUCUCAGACCCAUUUUCUGAGCGUAUCAGGUAGGUGCUAUUCCCAGCCCUAGAGUAAGGUUACCAGACGUCCCCGGAUUUACACAUCAGUCCCCAUACAAAAUCCACUGAAGUUGAAAAGUGUCCCCGGAUUCAUUGAAAAAAAUCUGGUAACCUUACCCUCAAUAAAUCUCCAAUUAACUCCCUCCUGAAUCACUUCUAUUGUGGCAAAUUUAGCUAUAGAUUUGGGUUUAAAAGGAUCAAAUACAAGCAAAAGCCAUCAUGUUGUGGAUUGAGUUUGUUGAAUUUAACUAGCAGAUC